GGAGCGGCUCAGCGCUGAGGGCAACACAGGGAGAAAGUGCGAGUAAAGCUGGCGGAGUGAGACGAGUGAAAGGCACUGCCUGGCAUGUGCCAGUGACACCCGGGGGGAGGCCACCAUGAAGAGCUUGAAAUCCAGGCUGAAGAAACAUGAAGUUAAUAUCACAGUGAGUGCUGGCAGGGGGAGCUGUAUGGCUCAAUCCGGGUGCACUGGGGAAAGAGCUGGGUGCUGGCAUGUGGGGGGGGGCAGGCAUGGGGUGUACUGGGGGACUGUGGGGGGGUGUGUACUGGGACUAUUGGGGUGCAGGCAUGGGGUGUGUACUGGGACUAUUGGGGUGCAGGCAUGGGGUGUGUACUGGGGGGACUAUUGGGGUGCAGGCAUGGGGUGUGUACUGGGGGGACUAUUGGGGUGCAGGCAUGGGGUGUGUACUGGGGGGGGACUAUUGGGGUGCAGGCAUGGGAUGUGUGCUAUGGGCAUCAUAACUACUAGAACUAAAAACCAAAUAAGAGUUACUUGUGCACUAUCCCAAAUACCUACGCACAUUUAAAUAACCUCCAGUUAUUUGAAUGUGCAUUGGGAUAGUAUGCAAGUAACGCUUUUUAAAUUUAUUUUAUUUUUUAUUGUAUGUAUUGGGGCUGCUGUGUAAUAUAGUCAUUGCUGCCGUCCAGGAAUAGUGGGAGUUCAAGUGAAUUCCUUAUUUUUGUAUAUUUACUGUAGUGCAAUGUAAUGGUUACAAUACCAUAAGGACCCAGGCUCUGUUUUGAGGCUAACGAAUUGGCAACAAUUUACCCUUCCUACCUGGGUUCCUUUUUGGGCUCUGGUGGUCUAUUGACACGCUCCCGACUUCUGAAGGACUGCAGUAGUGGUGGCCUUCGGCGUUCAUUUUGUUGAGAGCGUUAGCUGACCGCUCUUUGGCAAUGACUGACUUUAUUUGCUGAUGACACCCCAACGACUCUGCGGCAGUAUAAGUAUUAAACUUUGGUAUGAACAGUGUUUCAUAGAGAAACCUGCACAUGUAGACUCCAGGCACCAUGACCACUUCAUAUCAGUGAAAUGGCCAUUGCUGGAGUCACCAUUUAAAUUUGCUUUCAGUUACUGAUGGUCCAUGCUUUAAAGCAUUAUCCUGUUAGUAAGCAGCCAUCUGACGUGAUAUUUUCAGUGCCACAGGGGAUCCGUCAUCAUGUGUUGAAUUAGGGUCUUCACAACCACGGUCCCAUUGCUGCAUGCAUUUCAUUCUUUGCUAUAGCCUUUACAGAGCAGGUUUAAAUCCAGGAACUGUUUAUCUAUUCUUUUUAUCUCCAGGUGCUAUAUAUUACACCCCACCUCCCCCUUGCAGUGUUUGUCUCUUUCCAACAUAUUACUCAGGGACAGUGAAAUUCAAUUGUAUUUCCCACUCCCCUGACUUUAUUGAUCUGGUGUGUGCUGUUGUGUAUAUAGUUGAAUGUUUUGCAUUUAAUAUAUUUUUCACUAAUCUCUUUAAAUCUGCUCUGAUGUUGGGCAAAGUUUUACUUUUUAUUUCUUGGAAAACCAGUUUCACAUGUGUAAAUGUAAUUCCAUGAAAAAUGAUACUCCAUGCCUUUUCAAGCUCCCUGCACAUAUAGCUGCGGGUAUGGGAGUGUAGAAAGGAAAACAUUUUGAUUGAUGGAAUAGAUAUGGUAAAUAUAUUCUCAAACCUUUUAAAGCAAGUACCCAAUGAUGGCACAUUAUUGAACAAUGGGGUGUUUUUGUUCGUUUUUUCUUCUCACUAUUCUAGGAAUUUUAAUCUUUAUUUGGUAGAAAAUACGAUGCAUUAUUCGUAAAACAUACAUUGUUCAUCAUAAUUCUGAAGUGGCAGACAUCACAUUAUUCUUUUCUUUUCACGCAGAAAAUGCCUGCGCUUUUUGAAAUGCAGAACAUUGUGUGUGUUUUUUAAUAACUGCGUCAGGGUUCAAUUUAAAACAUUGGAUUCGCAAACUGCAAGGUGAGGAAGGUUUUGAACAUAAACUGAAAAAUGAGAAACAAUGCUGUGCAGGAAUUUUGAAAUCAUUUUGUGAUAGCUGAGUUUACAGCAUGUCUUCUGUGUACUUUUAUUUUUUUUAUUUUUUUUUUAUUUUGUAAUGACAGGAAGCAUAAAGGUAAACAAUAACAUGGCUUAUGUAAAAGCCUUCAUGAGGGUGCAUAGUUUCAGCGUGCGUAUUCAUGGAAUUUCCAUACAGAAUGAAGAGAGGUUAGUUAGUUUGUUGUACACGCUACAGUUGUGGAGUGUACAUUCGUUCUGUUACCGUCCGUCACGUGUUUCCAAUGACAGAGUGAAGGGUGGGGGUAGGAGUCCGGGGUGGAUAGUAGGUUGGGGAUGUGGUGGGCAUACGGAAUGUGUCGGGGUUGUCAGUGUGGUUUUGGUGGUUGGUGUGUUUGGCGUUCAGGUCUUGGAGGUGGGAUUGAGUGCGUGUGUGUGUGUGGCAAGGGCCUCUGUCCUGUGUAGGUUGUUCGAGGUUUGAUCUUGCGGUGUUGGGGUCUCCUGGGUAUUGCCCGGGGGAGGUGAUUUAAGACAUUUUAAUAUCAUCCAUAUAACUUUUUUUUUUUUUUGCCCUGUAACACCUGUUAAUGAUGCCACUGUACGGCAAUGGAGGCAUAGUUACAGAUGUGCUUUUUCUGAAUGUGUCCUCCCCUGCAACAUACUUGAUGGUGACAGGCCUGCUUUCAUCUUCACAGCUUCUAACUCUAGGAGAAACGUAGGUUAAAGCAUAUUUUGAGUUGUUUUUCAAGUCCUGUCACUUCUUUAAUGCUCCAGGCUGUACCAUUCAAUAUUCUUCCAAAAACAGACAGGUUAGGUAGGGGUCCAGCUUGUAAACAAACGACCUUAUGGAUAUAGAAUCUGCUCUUCCACCGGCUUUUUUCUAACUAGUGAAGUCCCCCACUUUUUAUCCAUGUAAAAUGAUUAAUUGUAUAAUAUUACCCUUGUUUGUAUAUGUAACCUAAUAACAUCAUAUUGUUUCCAUGUCCUAUAGAGAGGUCUGUGUAGCAGGGAGGAGACUCCUCUAUCUAUGAAAGCCAAAUAGAUUUCCUUUUGUUGAUGGUUUUUUUCCUCUCUCUGAACAGAAAUUUCCAGCCUGCGCCUAGAUAUAUAUUUUUUCCCAUUGCAUUCCUAGCUGAUAACUUACCUAAACAAAUGACUCUCUUAGGACAAUUUCCUCUAUAUUUAUUAGUUAUAGAGUGCUGUAAAACUUUUAUUCAUACUAUGACUCGGUAUAAAUGUUGACUAGGAUAUUAGAAUGGAAGACCUUCCUUUUUUUUUAAUUUUUUUUUUUUACGGUUUCCGUAAACUUAUUUAUUUUUAUUUUUUUUCUCUCUUCUACUUCAGUGGUAGGCCAUGUUCGUCACUCCAGAUGUUGUUCACUACACCUCUCCUGAUGCUUUUCCACCAACAUUAUGGCUGUAAGAUCAUUAAGGGAGAUGUAGUCCACAACAUCUGGACUAUUGAAGGUUGCAUACCUCUGUUCUACUUCUUUGCCUUCUUAUUCUUCAUAGUUCUUAUCUAACCAGAGAAACACAAACCUUUGACUACAGGAAGGUUUGUUAUUCAAUAAUUAUUGUUCAAUAAUGUUUGCUCAUUUUGUUGUGGUCUAUUCAAGCAACAUACCUUGCCAACAUGUAUAGUAACCCUUUUUCUAUGGUCACAUCACAUGAAGGGUUAAUGUAUUUUCCCCUUCUGUCCAUAUAUGAAUGUCAGCUAUGUAGGAUUCAGCUUUCUUUACAGAGGUUCAGAUCCUGCAGCACCAGUUAGGUAUUUGCUGCCUGUGACGAAGUGUCCUUCGCCACUUGUUUUUUAGGAGAGAACUGAUGGCUAGCCUUUUACCAUGUCACUAUGGCCCUGGGAUGUAUGGCCCUUUAAAAGCCCUAUUUGGGCAUGUAGGGCUUUAAUACACUAUUGCUGCCCCUUUAAAAUAUAUGGGAACAGCUUUGCACUUUUGAAGUGGCACUUCAGAUACAGCCGAAGUAGUCGACAUACGAACACGUGGUGGCGGCGGACAUUUUUUAUUUAGUCGAACGCGGUCAGUGGUGUUUUGCCGUCAAGUUCAUGGAACUCAAAUUGGAUACAGGACGGCACUAACACCGCUGACUUCUUUGCUUUUUAUGGAUCUUAAACACUUCAACGGAAAUCGAAGUGCGUUCGACUAUUCGAACGCCAUGUUAACAUUGGAUAUUUUCACGAACGGCGCCCGUUCGUGUAUUCGAAUGGAACUUAGAAAUGUACCUAUGUGAAAUAGACCGACCGCACAGCCUAAAUCUAUGGAACUCAUUGUGUGAGGGGGAGGGUUUGUGUGCAUUAGCUGGGAGUGUCUGACUGAACUGUACUGUGUUGAUUGGCUGUUGUAACUUUGUGAUUCAUUGAUUCAAUUCAUCUCUAUGAGUUGCUGAUUGGCCAGGGCUGUGUUUGAAUCAUGCUGGCUCUGCCCCUGAUCUGCCUCUUUGUCAGUCUCAGCCAAUCCUAUGGGGAAGCAUUGUAAUUGGAUCAGACUACCACUUCUGAUGAUGUCAGCAGACAGCUUGUUUUUUUCUGAGGCAAACAGCAUGCAGAGUUAUAGCUUCAGGCUUGAAUACAGUAAGAUGUUGCUAUAUUUAUGGAGGCAUGAGGGGCCCAGGGGGGCUAGAUGGUGGUGUUAACACUAUAGGGUCAGGAAAACAUGUUUGUGUUCCUGACCCUAUAGUGAUCCUUUAAGAUGCAUACAAUAUGAAUGGUUUUUUUUUUUACCAUCUUUUCAGCAGCUAAGUUAGUAUGAUAGUUUGAUAUUUUAUUUCAUUAUGCAGUUACUAUGUUGAGUGUCACAUCUGGUUGUUUUAGACUGAUACAGGAUUUCCAGAUCUUGCCUGAUAGGUGCCCGCUCAGCAUUGCAAUUUGUUUUUAGGUAGGUGGUUUCCUGAGUCAUGUCUGCACGAUAUUUGCUAUUUAUCCUUGUUUAAGUUUUGGUUACAUCUAAUUGAGAGAUUGCUGGUUAAAAAUGCUCAGAGAUGCGGUUUCCUUGGAGAUGAACUCUGAUGACGUCAUGACGCCGGGCACAUGGCGAUGACUUAAUCGGGGUCAAUUAAUGACCCGUGCAAGCUCUGGUUCAGGCGGACUCAGAUUAAAUCCCUGCACUAAUGGGGUAAGUGAAUAAUGAGGUGGGGGCGUGUAUAAGAUUAUCUUUUAUAGCAUUAGCUCAUCCUGAUGAGUUUGGAUGACAAACUGAUUUUUUUUUAAUGAUCAAUAAAAGUUAAGUUUUACUUUUAUCUAUUAAAAGUCCCUGGAGUGCUAUAUACACUAUAUUUGAAAAAAAAAAAUAUAUAUAUAUAUAUAUAUAUAUAUAUAUAUAUAUAUAUAUAUAUAUAUAUAUAUAUAUAUAUAUAUAUAUAUAUCUCUAUCUAUCCACACCCAUACCACCCCCCGAUAUUGGCUUAUUAUUUAUUGUUACAAAGUACAGGACUUACAAACAUGUAGUUGCAAGAAGACAUGUUUGGAGUUUGGAUGUACAGGAACAGAAGGUGGUGAGGACCAGCUCAAGCAAGCUUGCAUAUGUAGAGAGCAUAUUAAAGUCCAUACAUUAUUAUAGUGUGUAUGUGUGUGUGUGUGUGUGUGUGUAUAUGUAUAUAUAAUAAUUCAGAUUUGUGGGCAGUUACUAUAUGCAUGAGCCAUCUCAUUUGGAUACAUAAUAUAAAAAAUCAUGUACUCCGUAUCAAUCUCAGUAUCCCUUUAAAGUCUAAAGAACUCACAAUGUAUCAUGAGGAAAUCUUCAAAUGUGGUUUAUGGUUGCCCUUCCCUUCUCGUGACUACAACAGAAGCGGAGGGCUUAACUGCAUAAUUUGUUAGAUUCCGAGAAAUACAAGGCUCUGCUUAUCUUGGGAGUCCAUAUGUUUUUUUUUUGUUUUUUUUUUAAUUAUCCCAUGACUUGGAUGUUCUAACUAGCUGGAAUUGAAUUAGAGACAGAACUUUGUCUGAAGAAGCAAGCUCCCUCUACACAAUCACUUUAACUUCCCUUCCACCAGCUCGCCAUAUAUCUUCUUUAAAUUCUGUCUGAAAAAGGAUUUGAGCAGUAUCAUCGUUUACAAUAAAAAGGCAGUAACAGUAGUUCUUUAUAAAACAUAAAUGGGGAGAUGUAAGGUUUAAAAUAUUUAAAGCAAAAUCCCAUGUAUACCUCCUGUUCCCAUUAACAGCAAGAAUGAUCUAGUACAGUGAAUUAAAUCUUAUUUUUUUAAUUUUUUUUUUUUUAAAUUUCCUGGUCACAUAUUGUAUUAGAAUUGGUACUGUACUUAAAGGGACGCUCUAGUCACCCAGACCACUUCAACUCAAUGAAGUAGUCUGGGUGCCAGGUCCCUCAGCUUUUAACCCUUCAGAUGCAAACAUAGCUGUUUCAGAGAAACUGUUUUGUUUACAUUUGGGGUUAAUCCAGCCUCUAGUGGCUGUCUUCCGGACAGCCACUAGAGGCGCAUCUGCCACGCUGGAGGCAUAUUAUGCCUCCAUAGCGCAGAGCGUCCAUAGGAAAGCAUUGAGAAAUGCUUUCCUAUGGAAACUUUGAAUACGCGCGCCACCCAUGUGCAUUCGGCUCCGCUGACGUUGGCAGGGGAAGGAGAAGUCAACAGCGCCAAGGGAAAUGGAUAAAGGUAAGCUGCUGAAGGGGUUUUAACCCCCUUCAGUGCCACGGGAGGGGGGCCCUGAGGGUGAGGGCAUUAUCAGGGCACUAUAGUGUCAGGAAAACGGUUUUGUUUUCCUGACACUAUAGUGAUCCUUUAAAUAAUAACUCCAAGCACCAAGACCACUUAAGUGUUUUGAAGUGCUCAUGGUGCUUGCCAUCUGUAUGUGCAGAAUUUCAAUUUGAAAUGUUGCACAUACUGAGGUUGCGACCAGGUUGUAACUCCACAUCCGGCAGUGUCACUAGUCGGCACGGAAAAAGCGUUCCUGGCUGACUUAUGAUAAUUCUAUGCAUAUUAGGCAUCUGUUGUCAGCACGCAUAGCAAGUUGGCGACAUUGUCUGUAGCAGCACAGGCCCCUCCUGCUAUGCUGUGUCCUCCUCUCACCCCUUAUUUCUCCAGUGAAGGAGGUAACAUCACUGCAGGAGGACUGGGCUGCAGGAAAAACUUGGGGCACAAUAUGAAAAUUUGUAGGUAAAAUAGAACUGUUGCAAGCAAAAAGGUAACCGUUCUGCUUUAAAGGACCACUAUAGUGCCAGGAAAACAUACUCGUUUUCCUGGCACUAUAGUGCCCUGAGGGUGCCCCCACCCUCAGGGUCCCCCUCCCGUCCGGCUCUGGGGAGAGGAAAGGGGUAAAAACUUACAUUUUUCCAGCGCUGGGCGGGAGCUCUCCUCCUCUGAUCCUCCUCUUCUCCUCUCCGUCGGCUGAAUGCGCACGCGCGGCAAGAGCUGCGCGCGCAUUCAGCCGGUCAUAUAGGAAAGCAUUCAUAAUGCUUUCCUAUGGACGCUGGCGUGCUCUCACUGUGAAAAUCAGCCGCUAGAGGAAAUAGGGGAAGGCUUAACCCAUUCAUAAACAUAGCAGUUUCUCUGAAACUAUGUUUAUGAAAACAUGGGUUAACCCUAGAAGGACCAGGCACCCAGACCACUUCAUUAAGCUGAAGUGGUCUGGGUGCCUAGAGUGGUCCUUUAAGGCUCAAUUCAGGGUUAUUCACUGAUGUCCGAAUGGAGCCUUAUCUGGGUAUUGUCAACGGUAUUUAACAAUGUCUGAAUUCUGCACUUUUAAACUGAAUAAGCUAGAAUUAUAUCUGAAUUUUAGCCUGCUGAACUAAAGGCAUCAAAGCUUAAAAUCCAUAAACUUGAUGCUAAUAUCUGGGCAAUUUGGAGUUUAACAACAGGAUCCUUUAAUUUGUAGAUGUGCUUAAAAAGUAAAAUCCUAUCCCUGCACAUGGCAAGCAGAGUCUUUUACUAAAAUUGUACUCAGCAAUAGCAUUUUUGAUCUUUACAAUGCUGAAAAAUUGUUGCCUUGCUUCACAAUUUAUCUGUUUAUUUCUGAGAAUCGGAAGGCUGUGGUACAUCAUGUAUCGCUCCUUGUUUUCUCAUUUUUCUUUGUAUUAUAAACGGAAAUCUUUGGAUAGAAAAGUCAAUUUUGAAUUUAUGAUUCAUAAAACAUCUUGUUUUUAAGUAUGCACACAGUAUAGAAAGUGUUAAGAUUCAGAAUGUACAAUAUUUGAAAGUUAUAAGAAGUUCUUUUGUGUAUAUAUAAUAGCCAUGUGAUCUGACCCUGAGAAUUGACUUGUUCUUCAUGUCUGCUUGGGCAAGCUACAGAGCACCUUUUUAGAGUUUCAUCACUAGUUUAUGGGAAAAUGCUGUAGGGAAGGUAACUGGAUAGAUUUCAGUCUUAUUCUUGUACAGUUGUUGAUUGCUGAUUUAUGUUCCCGGGCUGGGAAAUCCAUAACUCUGUCAUCAGGUUGGUUGUCUUUUUUAUAGGAUUAUGUAAUAAAAAAAUAAAACAUUAAGAUAUGUAAAGGAAUAAUAUUGUAUACAGUUCCAUCCUAUUAAAUGAUGUGGUUCAGCAAUUUAGGGUUUAAAUCUAGGAAACGUAUAAUUACAGCAGAAAUUAAUUACAAAAAUGCUUGUGGAAAUAUAAAAUACUAAUUAUGAGCUUACUGAGUAGGAAGUAAGUUUAAAGAGACACUCCAAGCACCACCGUCAUAUAUGCUCCAUGUGUAUAUUGUGGUGCAUGAAACUCACUAUACAGGAUUCCAUUCUCCUUUUUUGUGUGGCAAUUUUGAAAUAAGGGGGGGCUAGGUUGUUUUUUCACCCUCCUGCCCCCCCCCCUUUCUCUUCUACUCUUAUCCUGUUAACCUUUGCCCACUCUUCAUAUGAAAUGAAUGGAAGUACUAAGUUAUGUUACCGGGGUCAAGUCCUGGGGGGAAAAAAAUACUUGUAUGCAUAUAUAAACGCAUGCACACAGACGCACAGGCACACACAUACUGUAUUUAAAUUUUUGGCUGCCCUAGGCAUGACUAAACCUGAGCACCCCCCCUAACCUAAAUUUACCACCCCUUCCUGUCAAGGGUGCACCUCUUCCUGAUUAAGAACCCACCCUUUUCUCUUUAGACUUCACCUUUUUCUUCUCCUUUUAAAAAUAAAAAUAAAAAUACUUUCAUGACAGGUAAACAAAGCUGUUUUCCUGGCACUAUAAUUCCCUGUAGUGGUUCCCUCCCCCACUUGACUCUGAAGGGGUUAAAAUCCUAUGGGUAUUUAGCAGAUGCUGGAUGUCCUCAUGCACAGUGUGAGGACGUCCAGCAUCAGUUAGGCGACUUUUGGUCACUUAACCACCCGAAAGUCCCUCUUGUGGGACAGCCACUAAAGGAGGAGUUACCCCUUAAGGUAAUUAUUGCAAUUUCUGAGAAACCUCAAUAAUUACACUUGCAGGUUUAAGGGGACAGGGACACUGCACCCAGACCACUUCAAUGAGCUGAAGUUGUCUGGGUGCCUAAAGUGUCCCUUUAACCCCUUAAGAACCAAACUUCUGGAAUAAAAGGGAAUCAUGACAUGUCACACAUGUCAUGUGUCCUUAAGGGGUUAAGCACACGCAUUCACCGAUACACACUGACAGUAACACACACAUUCACUGACACACUCAUUCAUUAACAGACACAAACAAACACUGACCGACACACACACACUAAUAGACACUCUCACUGAUUUAACACACUCACAAACAUACACAUGCAUACACUAUCAGAAGCACAUACACUAACAGACACACAUACACACUAGCAUACAUAUAUACAAAUUAUUAGAAUUAACAUUUCCCACCCACUCAGCCUCCCUACCUUUUGGGAAAGCUGGCAUGGAUGGGUCCAGUGGGGUUGCAGUGAGGUAGAGGGAUAUGUUCUCCCAGCUCUGCUCCCUCACGGGCUGUCUACUGCUCCUGGCAACAGCAAACGACGUGCGCGGGAGCAGAGCUGGGAGAACAUGGCUCCCUUGCCGCGUCUGAUAGGUACACAGGCAUCUGCGGGGAGGAUAACACAGGAUGCCAUUUGGGGGUGGCAUUUUUUUGCCGCCCCAUGGUUAGUGCCUUCAGGGGGAACGGCGUUCCUGCUGUGAUAAAAGUGCAGGAACACCGUUCCUGCAGGAUUCGAGCCCUGUGUUACACUAUGAAUAAUUGGCAUCACAUCGAGAUGUGCAAAUAAAGUGAUUCUUUAUUGAAACCACAUAUUUCUCGAUUCACGGUAAAAAAAAAAAAAAGCGUCUGUUUUUUUGCUGUGAGCCAGGCCAUACGUGCUUUCAAUAUAGAAUUGUUUUAUUUGUACAUCAUCGCUGAGAUGCCUGUUUUUCAUAUUGCAUCAUUGUGUUGAGGUGGGGAAGUGGCCCUUCAGAGGAAUGGAGGUCCAUGAGUUAUCUGAGUCCGGCACAGAUUUUCUACUAAUUUGGAAGUCCGAUUUAGUCUGUGCACACCCACGUACACCUUUUUUUGUGAAACAGUCUGUGUGCACAUAUUUCCCAACCUGUGGACUGCACCUGUGUGUGGAUGCAGUUCCUUCCCUCUUCAGACUAGAGGAGAGUACGACAAAGAGUUUUGUGCAAGUUAAACCGCACAAGUUGUACAGAUCAAGGACCACAAAGAGGAAGUAAAAAGCACUUUUGUUGUUAUGGCCUGAGGGAAAAACUAAAUUAUUUUGCACGUUUACAUUUGUGAUUGUUUUACAGCGUAAGCACUUUGUUUCGCAUUUUAUAAUAACUUGCAUAAUUUGCUAAUGGCAGGCUUUAAUUAUUGAGCAUUUAUUUAUAUUGUGUUUUAGCAUUUUUAGCAGGACUUGGUACUCCUAGUAUAAUACAGUUGUAUAACUCCUUUGUUUGACAAGCAAGCAGAUACAAUGGCCCUGCAUCUAAGCAUACAAAUCUCCAUAAUGGGACACACUAGGCACCUGAACAAAUACAGCUUAAUGUAGUUGUUCUGGUAGGUUUAGUCAGUCCCUGCAGGCUUUUUGCUGUAAACACUGCCUUUUCAGAGAAAAGACAGUGUUUAUAUUGCUUCCUAGGGACACCUCCAGUGGUCGUCACUCAGACUUCCACUUGAGGAGUUUCCUGGGUCAGUACUGCACAAUGUGGAGAUGCUGAUUGGUGCAGUAUUUUUGUUGUGCAUGUGCAAUAGCCUCUCGAUGCUUUCCUAUGGGAAAGCAUUGGAUUGGCUGAGAUCAUCAGUUCUGAUACUGAGGGGGAGGGGGGAAGGUAUGUUUCUACUUAUUUAGGGGUGGGAAAGGGGGUCAGGAAGCUAAAUUGUAUAUUUAACACUACAGGGUCAGGAAAACAUAUUUUGUAUUUCUGAUCCCAUAUUGUUCCUUUAAGAGAUACCUGGUACAGAUAAUCAGUAUUGUAUAUUAAUCUUACAAAUUCUAACAGGGUUAUUCACUAAAGUGAGAAUUUCAAAGUGAAUUUCAAAUUUAAGGUCAGAGUAGCUGAUCUGAAAGCAAAGCUGACUGAGAAUGUAUCUAGUUUGGCUCUUUUAACUUCACUUUGAAUUCACUCUGAAUUCUCACUUUAGUAAAUAACACUGCAAGUAAUGAUUUUUGAUUUCUGGAAUGUCUUUAUAAUUGGCAGUUUCUGGAUCCUACAGUCAGAUAAAGUGUAAGCACCCAGGUCUGCCUGUUUUUAAUCCUUUAUCUCUGCUUGCUGAGUGCUGACUCCCACAUCAAGCAGGAGCGCUGCAUGCUUUAGAUUCCUGUUACAGGGUGUGUAUGUGGGGGUUGUGUCCAUUAUUCUUUCUAAUAUAUUUAACUUAUCCCUUUCUGGAGAAUAUUUUUUUUAGGAAAGAUGAAAUUCACAUACAGAUAAUAACAUUAGGGGCCCACUGCAGGUUACCUGCGGGAUAAUGGAUAUGUCUGUGCAGCCCUCCAUUACUGUUGUGUGGGUGAUUAAUCUCAGGAAUGUCUAUAUUCUUAGCAUUACCUUCUUUAAAGAAUGACUAGAAAGCCUGGUGAAGCCUCUGUGUAAUUCUUGCUAAGAAUUAAAGUUGCGGAAAGCCAAAACAUGACAAAGCUUCUUGCGUAUUGAAGCAAGUUCAAAAUUUACUAUUUUUAUACAGUGUAGAACAGUUAAAGGACCACUAUAGGCACCCAGACCACUUCAGCUUAAUGAAGUGGUCUGGGUGCCAGGUCCAUCUAGUUUUAACCCUGCAGCUGAAAACAUAGCAGUUUCAAAGAAACUAUGUUUACUUUAGGGUUAAUCCAGCCUCUAGGGGCUGUCUCAUUGACAGCCGCUAGAGGUGCUUCCGCGCUUCUCACUGUGAGACGCCAGCGUCCAUAGGAAAGCAUGCUUUCCUAUGGACUGACUGAAUCCGUGCGCUGCUCUUGCCUCGCAUGCGCAUUCAGCCGAUGACAUCGGAAGGAGGAGGAGAGUCCCCGGCGCUGGAGAAAGGUAAGUGUUUAACCCCCUUCCUCCCCCUUCAGGCCGGAGAGGGGGGAGGAAGGGGGGCACCCUCAGGCCACGAUAGUGCCAGGAAAACGAGUUUGUUUUCCUGGCACUAUAGUGGUCCUUUAACCAAGGGAUAGCGUUUAAUCUGGUUGUUAUUGAAGGAGAACCCUUCUCUAGAAGCCACUUCUUCGCCCCGCUGUGGCCACCCCCCAAACCAACCUUACUGCUGAUAACUUUGCAUGUUACUUCACUGACAAAAUUGAACAGCUAAGGAAAGAAUUCUCCCCUCCUUGCCUUUCUGUUUCUCAACCACACAUUUAUCAUGCCUUUCCUACCCUUCAGACAUUCUCCCCAGCCACUGACCAAGAGGUGGCUGCUCUUCUUUGCUCCUCUCGCCCCACCACAUGCCCGCUCGAUCCUGUCCCAUCUCACCUUAUCAGAUCUCUCUCCACUUGUCUCGUGCCUUCUCUAACACACAUCUUCAACUGCUCGCUCUCUUCUGGCAUCGUCCCUGCUGACCUUAAACAUGCCACUGUAGUACCUAUACUAAAAAAACCAUCCCUUGACCCGUCCACCCCCUCUAACUACCGUCCCAUAUCCCUGCUCCCUUUUUCCUCAAAGCUUCUGGAAAGACUCGUCUUUACCCGUGUGUCUCAUUUCCUCAAUUCCAACUCUCUCCUUGACCCCCUUCAAUCUGGCUUCCGCCCUCUCCACUCUACAGAGACUGCCCUUAUCAAAGUUACUAACGACCUAAUCGCAGCUAAAUCCAAAGGCCACUACUCCAUACUAAUUCUUCUUGACCUCUCGGCGGCCUUUGACACCGUUGAUCAUGCUCUCCUUCUUCAAACUCUGCAAUCGCUUGGUCUCUGUGACUCUGUCCUCUCGUGGUUUUCCUCUUAUCUCUCCCAACGCUCAUUCAGUGUCUCUUUUUCUAAUGAUACCUCCUCCCCUCGCCCUGUCUCGGUUGGAGUCCCCCAAGGCUCCGUCCUUGGUCCCCUUCUAUUUUCUCUUUAUACUGCCUCUCUUGGCAAACUUAUUACCUCAUUUGGUUUCCACUACCACCUGUACGCUGAUGACACCCAGCUAUAUCUCUCCUCCCCGGACCUCUCCCCUGCUGUCCUGCAACGUGUCACUGCUUGCCUUUCUUCCAUCUCUGACUGGAUGUCCUCCCGCUUUCUGAAACUCAAUCUCUCAAAAACUGAGCUCCUUGUCUUUCCUCCUCCUAAUACUGAUCCUCCUCUUUCGCUCUCCCUUCAAGUUUGUGGUACCAACAUCAGCCCAUCCUUGCAAGCGCGCUGUCUUGGCGUCAUACUUGACUCUGGUCUCACCUUUGAGCCUCACAUCCAGCAUGUUGCCAAAUCCUGUAGAUUCCAUCUUAAAAACAUAGCCCGCAUCCGCCCCUUUCUUGCACCAGAUACUACCAAGGAGCUUGUCCAUGCUCUAAUAAUUUCACGCAUGGAUUAUUGUAACCCUCUCCUGCUUGGUCUUCCCAAAAGCCGUACUGCACCCCUACAGUCUGUAAUGAAUGCUGCUGCUAGACUGAUUUUCCUCUCUAGUCGGUUCUCUCACACCUCACCCCUCUGCCAGUCCUUACAUUGGCUUCCUGUGUGCUAUAGGAGUCAAUUCAAGGCACUAACUCACACCUAUAAAGCACUGAACAACUCUAGCCCCUCUUAUAUCUCCUCACAGAUCCACAGAUAUGUCCCUUCUCGGUCUCUCCGCUCUGCCCGUGACCACCUCCUGUCCGUUGUCCGCACCCGUACGGCCAACUCGCGCUUGCAGGACUUCUCGCGGGCGGCUCCCUUCCUGUGGAAUAGCCUGCCUACCGCCAUCCGACUCUCCCCUAGUCUUGCAUCUUUUAAGAAGUGCCUUAAAACCCAUCUCUUUAGGAAAGCUUAUGGCCUCCAAGACUAACCCCUACCUCACAUACCCAUCUCUUGCCCUCUCCUAAAGGGCAGCCCACCUUAUUUGAUUGUACAUUCCUGUCCUAAUGUGUCUUACACCCCACCUCCUAUAGAAUGUAAGCUCGAUUGAGCAGGGUCCUCUUCAACCUAUUGUUCCUGUAAGUUUAUUUGUAAUUGUCCUAUUUAUAGUUAAAUCCCCUUUCAUAAUAUUGUAAAGCGCUACGGAAUCUGUUGGCGCUAUAUAAAUGGCAAUAAUAAAUAAUAAAUAAAUAAAUAAAUGGGGAUUAUAUAUCGUUUGUAGGACUGUUGGUUAUUCUUGGUGUGUUAUUUGUGCUACAUAAAUUGCAAAUGCAGGUACCAAUGUAUAUUAUCUAGAGCAAGGGUGCCCAAAAGGUAGUUCGACAGAUGUUUUAAAACGGCUUCCUCUCCUGUAACUGUCAAAAAUAGCCUACUAAGUUCUCAGUGAUUACUUUUAUAGCAACCUAUUUCAUUACCCCUACUUAUACCCCUCUCUUCCUGUGCGUCCAUUUGUCUGGUUACAAAUAUAUCUAUUAGUCCACCCAUUGUACAGCGCUACGGAAUUUGCUGGCGCUAUAUAAAUAAUAAAAGAAUAACUAUGUUUUUGUCAUUCCAAAAACAUUCCAAAGGCAUGCAAAGCAUCAAUGGAGUUGUAGUUCUACAAGAUCUGGGGAUCUACUUUUUGGGCACCCUUAAUCUAGAGGCCUUCUUGUAACCAAUGAGUGUGUUACUCCCAGACUACACUCCCAUUGCCUUUUGCAUGUGCCUACUAUUCAUCCGGGGUUGACAGAACUAUUUUAGGUGAACACAGCGUAGUAGCAGAGUCUGCUCAUUAUUGCAUUGGACUUUUUCAUCCCUUUUGAUGGGGAUGAGAUCUAAUGAGGACAGACCUGUUCACUGAUUUAACAGUGUAUAAAACCCUUUAUUAUUUUUUUGUUAUAGUGAACAAUUUUUACCCCAAAUCAUCAGCAGAGAUUAAGUACCUAAUCAAAAUAUGACCACCACUUCUAUUGUCUCUACUCCUUUCCUGAUAAACAUGCCCCCUCCCUUUCACUUUCUGCACCCCGAAAGUACUCCGUGUGCGCAGGUAUCAGCCCUAGCUGUGAAAGGUCACCUGGUAUUGUUGUGAGGCUAAAAUCACAAUGUUUGCUCAAAUCUCCCGAAUUGAUCGCUACACCUUGUGCCACCCUCAGAGUAUGAGUGCCAGGGCAUGCCCCUGUGCCAUAGAGUUGCCAUCAAUUUUUAGUUCUGCAAGUUGAAAACAUGCCAGCUUAUUGAAAAGGCAUUUACCUAACAGGGAUACUGACAGAUUAUUUUGCUGCGAGCAGCAUGACCCAGGCCUGCUUUUUCUGCCAUGACCUCUGCAUGGCUGGCUCUUGCUGUGAGUUCAUCACAAUUUCACAGAUAUAUAUAUAUAUAUAUAUAUAUUAGAAUACAGAUUUCUUUUUACAUUGUGUGUGGAUGUUGUAAUGUACUUCCUGCAGGUGGUAUGAUUGCAGCACCAAACUAUCCCAUCCUGUCUAUUAAUUUUUUAAAUGCCUGGUUGGCAUUUUGUGCUGUGGGUGACAUCAGUUCCCAAGUAUUUCACAUUCAGCAGACAGAACCUGAUCUGAAGGAUUAGAUGUUGCCAUUCUAUAAGUUACCAAGGGUGAACAUUACAAGCUCAUAAAACUAAGUUCUGUGUUUCAUGUUACUUUUACAUUUGGGCAUUGUGAUAUCUGCAAUGUUACAGGCUUGUCAGAUUAUUAUUUCCAAUCUCUGGUAUCUACCCUUGUAGUACCCUAUUCCAUUGCAUGCACAUCAUUUUCUUUUUGAACAAUUCAGCAAUUUUUUUACCAAGAGGUGAAGAAAGGACCUAGUGUGGAUUGAAUUAUUUUUCAUUAACGUUCUGUUCCUUACAGCUGUACUUUAAAUAACAUCUUUUACAUAUCACUUCUACAUUCUGAUACCAAUUAUUGCUAGCAAAGGCAUAUAAUUUGCAGUGUAGUGAAUAACAACAAAAUAAAUCCUUUCAGCUGUCAAUCAUUUCUUGUCAUAGAAGUUAAUGGCAAGAUUGACUGCUAGGUGUAUACAAUAAGGAGAACCCUUCUCUAGAAGAUACAGCAAAUUCCAUGAGUAGUGAUGAUUCACUUGUCCACCCAAAGUGCUCACUCAUACUGAUCACGCAACAAACUUGAACAAACUGGCUUUGCCAAUAAGACUCACAUCCCACAUUUUGUACCAAGUCACAGUAUAAACAGAACGUCCAUCAAUUUUAUGAUGACCACCUAUUUAUUAAAGGAAAAAGUAGUCAUAUGAAUGCGAAUUUAAUCUUUAUGAAUCCACAAAUGUAAGGUGAUCAUAAAGGAAGAGAUGGCUCUCGAAAUACAGCUCUCUGCGUAAGAUCUUUCCAACACCGGGUUUAGUAUCUGUCAUGAGUUUCUGGUAGUCACAGUUCGCAAAAUGGAUGAUAAAUCUAUGAAAAGGGCGUUUAGUUUUGUUGGGUGUAUUCAUCUUUAGCAAGGUAUAUAAAACCGUAUUCGUUAUCACAGUCAGAGACUAAUGUAUUUAUUUUUAUUUUUUACUAAUUUUUUUUUAAAUUAAAUAAUACUACUGUACAUCUGGCUUUAGAAGAAUGGGGUGGAUAGGGACACCUCCAUACAGGGGGUUUUGAGCUGUAGAAGGGUUGGACUAGUGCAUUUCCUGUUGGAAUAUGUUGGGAUUAGUUUAGCAAGGUGGGUCACCUUUACAGGGGAAUUUAAUUCCUCCAUCGUUUUAGGUUGACGUGUUGGAUUAUUUGACAUCUAGUAAGGGGCAAAGUUUUGUGCAUCACAGAAAGGUAAUAACAAUUACCGAAGAGUAUUGAUGAAUGUGUUCGGUUUUGGACCUAAGCAGUGUAUCCAUUCGAGCAUUGGAAGUGACACUAAUUGGAAAGCCAAGGGUUUGGACAGCCACUCCGAUACAAAUUUAAAAAGGGAUUUAAACCUCAAAUUGGGUUUACAAUCCCCAAUCCAGUGAGCUGUGUGCUUCUUGGAAGACUCCCUGUUGGCUUAUAUCAGUAAAUGGUUGCUUGUUGGGACAAGUCUGCUGUGAGAAAAGGCGACUGCUGCAUUGUGGAUAUGGUUGAAUAUGAAAUAUAUAUAUAUAUAUAUAUAUAUAUAUAUAUAUAUAUAUAUCUCUCUCUCUAGCCAGAGAAAACCAAUGAAUAUAUUAUUUCAGAUACACUUGCUUUGAAGGAAGGUUAACAUGAAAAUGUUACUCGUGUUGAGCUUGCAUGAAUGUCUAUAGAAAGAAUGCCUCAAAAAGAAAUGUUUUGGUGCCUUUUUUGCCAUUAUCCAGGUCCUGCAUCUGAACAUUCAUGUGACAGGUGCUGUUUAAUUGUGCUCUCGUUCUAUUUUCUACCUGUAUGGCCAGCCCAGUAUAUUGCUGUCAUUUCUUGAACCUUGCCACGUAUAACAGUUAUACUACUAAAAUAAAAUGAUUUGUUUUUUCUUUGUUCUGUAUAAUAUUUAUUUAUUUUUCUCCCAAAAACCUUAUGGCUUAUGUUAUAUAAUGUUAGCUAUCGGAUAACAGAGGGUGUGUGGAAACAGCCAGGUUUUUGUGUGACUCCCUUAUUUCAGUGUUUGUUUUAGACCUCUCUCAUUCUCUGUUCCUGAGAAGUUUGGGAUUGAGCCAGUUGAACUGUACAGGGUCACUGUGACACAUGCUGGCAGGCAUUCUCUUUGUUUGAUGGGGUGGUGGAGGGACACUGUGAUAGAAUGCGUGUAUCCUCCCCCUAUGCAUGGAAAGGAAGAGGCGCUAGAUGGUUAUCUGAAGGGAGAUUCUCUUUCAAUUGUUUCAUGUGUUUAUCCAUCUAUCCCUACUGCUUUGCAGUUCCAUCUAUCCUGCCAAAAUAAAUCUGUCCAUCUGUCUCUGGUUAACUGUAUUUUUAAAGCGUGUUUAGAGGCUUUGCUGUUUCAGCAGUACUGAGGGAACAGUGAAUAAGGAGUAUGGUCCGUCUUAUUAAACGAAAACUAAAAUUUAAAGAAGAAAGAAUAUAUUUAUUUAUAAACUGCACACCCCGGUGUCAUUUAAUUGCUGUUUUAACCUGCCCCCAGUGCAACCAGCUAUCAUUGUUGUCCAGACAUAAGCUAAUGGGGAAAAGGUCAUGCAGCGUUAGCCAAGCCUCAGCAAAUUGCUGGUGGGCUGGAGAGAGAUUUCUUUUUCUUUUUCUUUUUUUCUCAACUGCUGUAUAUUUGGGAUCAGGCUCAAACUUGCACUAAGGACUUAGGUACUCCUAGAGAGCACUGUAACGUUUUGUUAAUGUGUAUUUAACCCCUUAAGGACACAUGACAUGUGUGACAUGUCAUGAUUCCCUUUUAUUCCAGAAGUUUGGUCCUUAAGGGGUUAAAGGUUUGCAGCCUUUAUAAAUAAAAUUGAUGUAUGGCAGGAAACAAUAGAUUCUUAAAAGUGAACCUAUUAUGAAAGAUUCACUUACUGAUCUCUCCUUAAAGGGACUCUCCAGUGCCAGGAAAACAAUCCGUUUUCCUGGCACUGCAGGUCCCCUCUCCCUCCCACCACCCAUCCCCCGGUUGCUGAAGGGGUGAAAACCCCUUCAAUGACUUACCUGAGACCCCCGCUGAUGUCCCUCGAUGGUGGUUUCGGGUCGCCGCCGCUCAUUACGUUAGCUGGCGCGGAGACUGAUCCCGCCGGCUGAGGAGACCUUAAGCAGCCGCGCAUGCACAUUAGAGCUCUCCAUAGGAAAGCAUUGAAAAUGCUUUUCAUUGCUUUUCUAUGGGGAAUUGAGCAACGCUGGAGGUCCUCACACAGCGUGAGGACGUCCAGCGACGCUCUAGCACAGAAAACAUGUGCUAUGAACCAGGAAGUGCCCUCUUGUGGCUGUCUAAUAGGCAGCCACUAGAGGAGUUGUUAACCCUGCAAGGUAAUUAUUGCAGUUUAUGAAAACUGCAAUAAUUACAGUUGCAGGGUUAAGGGUAGUGGGAGUUGGCACCCAGACCACUCCAGUGGGCAGAAGUGGUCUGGGUGCCUGGAGUGUCUCUUUAAGCAGUGCAUAUGUCUUUUUUUAUCAUAGUGACAAAUCGUAUCAAUGCUUUAGGGCAGGGGUCGUCAAACUCCGGCCCCCCAGAUGUUGCUGAACUACAACUCCCUUGAUUCUCUGGCUAUCUAUGUAAUUCAAAGAAUCAAGGGAGUUGUAGUAAAACAACAUCUGGGGGCCGGAGUUUGAGCAUACGCAACCAGUCCAACGCUGCUGCCGCCAAUGGGGUUCAUAGAUGCUUUGCUUGAAAGUCACUCACCCUUGCCAGUAUGUUUGCAUCAAGAGUAGGAUUGUCCUGUUUAUGGUAGUGUUCCUAAUAAGGCCAUUUAUGCAGGUGACUGGUGAGAGCAAGGCAUGAAUGUGUUGCUUCUGUUUCAAAACCGUUUGAUAUCUGAUUAUAGAGGCAGUGGCACGCUGGAGUGGUAUUUAGAAAUAAACUUUAAAGGGACACUAUAGGCACCAAGACCACUUCAUCUCAUUGAAAUGGUCUGGGUGCAGUGGUCCUUUUUAGUUUUAAGCCUGCGAAGUAAAAUAUUGUAGGUUUUUAGAAACUGGAAUGUUAAAGGACCACUAUAGUGCCCUGAGGGUGCCCCCACCCUCAGGGUCCCCCUCCCGCCCGGCUCUGGAAGGGGAAAAGGGGUAAAAACUUACCUUUUUCCAGCACUGGGCGGGGAGCUCUCCUCCUCCGAUCCUCCUCUCCUCCUCCCAUGAGGCUGAAUGCGCACGCGCGGCAAGAGCUGCGCGCGCAUUCAGCCGGUCUCAUAGGAAAGCAUUAUCAAUGCUUUCCUAUGGACGCUUGUGUGCUCUCACUGUGAGUUAAGCCUAGCUGGACCUGGCAUCCAGACCACUUCAUUAAGCUGAAGUGGUCUGGGUGCCUAGAGUGGUCCUUUAACAUUGCAGAGUCAAGUCCACUCAUACUGACAACCACUAGAGGAGCUUCUGCUGCACUGUUGAAGUGACACAGAAGCUCUCAUAGGAAAGCAGUGAUUCCAUGCUUUCCUAUGGAGAAGUUUAGAUGUGCGCGUGUCGCUGUCUGCGCAUGCGCAUCAGGUCCCCUCUAUGUGGAUUACUGAGUUGGACGAUCCUUCAUUACAUUGCGGGAGGCGAAGAGAUAAGCAGUGCCCAGGGAGCCUUUCCACUGGAAAGGGUAAGUGUGUAAAACAAACUUAUUUAAAAUAAGUUUGUUUGUUUUACAUAUUGUGUACAUGUGAGUUGUAUCUUGUUCUGGGUAAAUGCCUGUAGUACCACCUUAAGAUACUGCUAAGGAAUAUUAAUAAAAGGAGACCUGACACCACCCUGUCUGAGCCAAUGCUAUUCAUAGACUGUGAGGAGCCUUGUAACGUUAAACAGGACUAUGUUGGCCUUGAAUUCUAUGAAUCUAUAUCUGUAGCAGAGUGUACAUGUAGCCGUCCUGGAAUUCUUUGAGUUUUAUUUAUAUUUAAAUAUAUGUAUCAUUAUAUUUAUUUUUUACUACUAAAAAGCAAAUUGCAAAAACACAUCCGUACGAAGCUAAAUAUAUCACACUGUCAUACCUCAGGUUCUGAAUGGCAAUUGGUUGUAGGAAAAAGUUACUCAAAUCUGUAAUAGCAUAUAAAAUCAAUUACACAGCAGAUCAGAAUGAGUGAAUUUUCACACAAAAAAAGCAUUGUCAAUAUGCACUCAAUGGCAACUUUAUUAGGUGCACCUUACGAAUACUGGGCAGGACUCCCAUUUGCCCCUGAAUAGCCUGAGUUGUUCUUGAUAUUAAAUAUUCCUUAGCGAAUCUGGUCCAUGUUUAAAUAUUCCUCAGCGAAUCUGGUCCAUGUUUAGAUAACAUUGUUCACUGGCUGCAAAUUUGUUGGCUGCAUAUUCAUGCAACAAAUCAACAAUUUCACCACAUCUUAGAGGUUCUCUACUACUAGAUUAAUAUGUUGACGGUGAAGGAUAUUGUGUAUAUUGAUGUGCAUUGAACUCCCUGUCAUGCGGGUAUGUUGCCAUGCUACAAGCAGUCAUGAGAGGUUUGGUAGACUGCAGACCAAGAGAGGUGCACAUACUGAUCAACAAUACUUGAGCUGUAUUCUUUCCAUGAAUGCUGUAUGCAUUUAAACCACGCAUACUUUCUAGUAAAGGGCCCAAACUGUGCAAAUAAAAUAUUCCUCACACUAUUAUUCCACCACCAAGUACUGGUCUACAGAUUCUUAUUUACAAAAAAAUCUGACCCUACAAGCGGAAUGCUGCAGCAGAGAUCGAGAUUCGUCUAGCCAGGAAACGUUUUUCCUAUGUUCCUGUUAGCUGACUGGAAUGGAGAUUGGUGUGGUCUAAUGUUACUGUAGCCCACAGCUUUCCAAACUGUGUGGUGUGACACAUUAGUGUGUUAGCUACACAAUCUAAGUCGUGAGGAGGUGUCCUUUCGGAUGGGGAGUGGUCACUCCAUGUAGGGUGGCUGAGCAGAUGGACUGUGCUAGAGGAGCUUCUGUUUCACCUACCCAGUCUGACAGGAAGCACAGAACUGAGCAGGCACAGGGUAGAGGACAGAAGAUGGCACGAGAGGGACAAAAGAGAGGCACAGGAGAGGAGGGGGCACAAAGACACACAGAGGGGCUGAGGGUGGUCAAACAGAUACACACAGAGGGGCUGAGGGUGGUCAAACAGACACACACACAGAGGGGCUGAGGGUGGUCAAACAGACACACACACAGAGGGGCUGAGGGUGGUCAAACAGACACACACACAGGGGCUGAGGGUGGUCAAACAGACACACACAGAGGGGCUGAGGGUGGUCAAACAGACACACACAGAGGGGCUGAGGGUGGUCAAACAGACACACACAGAGGGGCUGAGGGUGGUCAAACAGACACACACAGAGGGGCUGAGGGUGGUCAAACAGACACACACAGAGGGGCUGAGGGUGGUCAAACAGACACACACAGAGGGGCUGAGGGUGGUCAAACAGACUCACACAGAGGGGCUGAGGGUGGUCAAACAGACACACACAGAGGGGCUGAGGGUGGUCAAACAGACUCACACAGAGGGGCUGAGGGUGGUCAAACAGACUCACACAGAGGGGCUGAGGGUGGUCAAACAGACUCACACAGAGGGGCUGAGGGUGGUCAAACAGACUCACACAGAGGGGCUGAGGGUGGUCAAACAGACACAGAGGGACUGAGGGGGGUCAAAGAGACACACGGGGGGACAAAGGCGCACACAGAGGGGCUAGGGCGAGGAGGGGACACGCUGGGGGGAGGAAACUAAGCGGCACAGAGAGGCUAAGGGGGGGACUAAGACACACUGAGGGUGGGAAAAGAAACAUGCAAAGGGGUUGGGGGAGAAAUAGGACUGCCAGCCAACCACACAAGUCUACCAGCUACAGCAGCCAGUCAAAGCAGCCAGCAACAAUAAAUACUUAUGCUGGGUAUGUUAUAUUACUAUAUUGUGAAUAGGGGCAAGCGUGUUAGAAAGACAGUCGAAGGCUCACAUAUGUACUGUUCUGAUUCUGUGUCUCUUCUGGGGACGCGGCCGCAACUGAAGUGAUGUGUUCAAAAAAUAGAACACUGUCUUGACUGCCACCGUGCCAUGAAAUGAUGAAUGUCUGGAAAGUGUCAUCAUCCUGAAAAGUAUGGAAAGCUCUGCUGUAGCCCAUUCCCUCCAGUGUUUGAUAUGUUGUUUGAUGAUCUUCUGCCCAUUAUUGUUGUAACUCAUUCCUCUUAUAGUUAGGUUCAAGAUGUCAGGACAAUGGCACUAUCUGCUGAUUCUCAACAGGCCCCUGUUAACAAAGUGUUUGUUCUCCGAACUUGCUUACUGAAGUGAUUUCAUUUAUUUAUUCCCCUUUGUACCAUUCUCUGUAAACGUUUGAUAUACUUGAAAAAUUCAGAUGGUUGGCUCUCUUAUUGAAACCACUUCAGGGGUCCGUCAAAGACACAUUGCUCAUGUUUCCCUUCUGGUGUGUGAUUUGAACAACUGAACAAUUUGUGUACGGAAUUAUUGACAUAUGAUUGGGUGAUUAGAUAUUUGCUUUAAUGAACAAAUAAAGUGUCAGCUGAGUGCAGUAUUCUAAUAAAAGAGCACACAUACAAACAAAGCCCUAUGCAAUCAUUAGAUUAGAUACUCUUCAUGUUUCUAUAGAUACCCUUAAAGGGCUACUACCAUUAGAUAGCUUGUGCCAGAGCACAUAUUGGUAUGUAAACUUACAACGUAAUACAUGAUUGUAGGUUUUAAGUUUGGUGACGUGGGUGUGUUGCUUAUUCAACGUUUAGGAUCUGAAUCCAACGCACAGAUUGUUUCACCCAUCUGGUACUCCUCAGCAGGUUGCUAGGCUAGGGCAGUAUCAGGCUACCAUUGAAAGAGUUGAGACGAUUAGCUGGUAACAAGUAUGUUUCUCUUCAACUUUUACACAUGACGACCUAACCAUAUACUUACGUUUUGCCACACUUUUGUUUGUGAAUUUAGCAUAAAGAUUAAACUAAAAGGCAGAAUUUUUUGAUAUUGUGAGUUAUGUUUGGUGACUCGUUUUUCAUAACAUAAAUCCCUGUAAGGUUAAAGGACAGCUAGUGUUCGCAAUACAAAGCUGUAUUCAUAACACUAUAGUGUCCCACUGCCCCCACGUGGCGCUCAAAGGGUUAAAAAGCUCUUUAGACACUAACCUUAUUCCAUUGUCUCCACCACCUCUGACGUCAUUAUAAGGAAGAAUCUAAAGUGCAUGUGCAGCGAGUGCCACGCACAUUAGGCCUUCCCCAUAGGAAAGCAUUGAAUCAAUGCUUUCCAACGGGAGUUUCGAAGACACUGGAUGUCCUCAUGCAAAGUUAAACUCUGUGAAGCAGCCUUAACACAUCAAUGAAAACACUGCAGUUUCUCUAAAACUGUGAUGUUUUCAACUGCACAGUUAAGGGGACAGGGUCACUUCACCCAGAGCACGUCAAUGAAAUAGUCUGGGUACCUAUAGUGUACCUUUAAGAUUUUAUUGAAGUUUGGCUAAUAUGUAACGCCUUAAUGACCGGUUGUGGUAUGUGGAAUAUAAAUGUUCAGACAACUCAUGGUUUCAUUUACUUGCUGAACACAGUCUUUUUGGUUCUUGAGAUUGUAGUUAUACCUGUGAGUGUGGAACCAUCACAAAUUCAGUGAGAAACUACAGCAGCUAGAAGCUAGUAUGCUUCUGUGUAAGGGAGAGCUAGGACUGAAAAAUAGUGAAACAUCUGAGGAAGGUUGUUCUGCAUGACACACAAGUGCAUUGUUUGGGAUCCAGAUCCUUCUGUUGCUUCUUCUAAAAGUUUGAAAUGUUUUGUAAUAUAUAGUUCCACUAUCAUACUUGUUUGUUAAAUCUGGUCCAUGUGUUCCUAUUUGUCUUGACCACAGUAGUAGAAGGUUCUAAUCCACAUAGUGAUCCUUGGUGGCUGGUGUUAAUAGAGGAGGACACCAUAGGUAGCUAUCAAGGUACGAAAUUUCCGUUUUGAAAUCAAUAAUGAUUUUCCCACCUGUUUUGGUACAAAUGGAAAGGGCUUCAAAAUGUUUGUGUGUUAGAUAUGUCAUGUUUUUUGUUGUUUUUUUUUCUUCCGACCUAGAUUAUGAUAUUGUAAGAAUCCGCGAGGUCAUCUUGUAGUGCUUUGCAAUUUUUUUGAAAACCUACACUUUCAAGCAAAAAUGCCCUCCUCCAGGCCACUGAGAUGGUGGGAGGUGUACAUACAUGAUUGGGGAAAGGGAGAGCAGAUUGCUUUUGUAAUAUUGUUUUUAAGAUAUCUGUGCUUGUCAAAAGACCCCAACUGAAAAUCACGAUGGUUCUUAUCAGAUCAAAUCUUCCUGUAAUUCAAACAGGGAGGUGCUCAUUGAUUUCAAUGUGUGCAUUAUGUGAGGUUAUUUUACACUAUGGUUAUUUAGCACAAGGAUAAACCAUGACUGAAAUGUAUAUUUUCCGCUCUACAUAUCCACUCCCCAAUUAUAGAGCAUCUGUGGUUUGAUGUUGAAUACUUGGGCUUGUAUGAAUAUCUUCUGAGUGCUUCAAGACACUUUCCGCAGCCUGGAUCCUCUUGUAACCACUAGAUGGGGAUGCAGGCGAACAUAAUGUUAAAAUAGGUAGUCCUUUGAUUUUGGUUAAUAUUUUCCUCAUCUAGACUUAUCUCUCAUUUGUCAUUUCGACAUUUGUGAUUACAGUUAGGGUUUAAGAAAGAACAUCUGACAUUGUUUUGGAAGUGUAUGUAAAAUCUUGGCAGAUAGGACUCUAUAGACUUAAAAUUAUAUCUGUAUAGUAGCUUUGCGUAAAAUUACUUCAUUGUACACAGCCAGUAAAAUGUUCUCUAUUUUUGAAUACACUUCAUGCGUAAGAGGAAUCUACCAUUGAAUUUGUUGAUUUUUUUUUAUUUUUUUCCUCAUUUGAAGACUGAAUCCCAAAUAAGCCCAGUUUUUACAAUAUAUUGUGACAUUUGCCCCACAUCUUUUAUAUAUAAUACAUUGCUAAACUCAAAUACACACAACAGUCAAGCCAAAAGACUUGCAUUUCACUACAGCAAGGGAUUCUGGGUAUGCAAAUGAGAUCAACAAAGUACCACAUUUUUGCCUCCUAAUUCCACUUUUAUACAUGGAUUCCAUGAAGUAUGUCUGCUGUAUUCAACAGCAUUGAAACACAACUCAGGAAGAGGAGCAAAGCCAGUGAACCACUCAUGGACAGCUGUUUUGUUGUUAAUGCAACUCAUCAGCAUGAGGUUGGUUACUGGAUUGCUAUGGAGGCUUGGUGUUACUUGUAAAGUACAUACCAUAAGAGUUGUGGUGGGGAAAAAAGUGUGGAUGUAAACCCCUUCCACCUGAAGUAAGUGGAUAUUUAAUACAUUGUAACCAGCCUCAUGAGUUGCAUUAAUAGUGACACAGGUGUCCAUGAGUGGCUCGCUGGCUUUGCUCCUCUUCCUGAGUUGUGUUUAAAAGCCUUUGUAUACAGCAGACACAGACUCAAAGGAAUCCAUUUAUAAAAUGGAAUUAUGAGGCAAAAAUGUGGUUCUUUGUUGAGCUCAUUUGCAUACACCUACCCAGAAUCCCUUGCAGUAGUGAGAGCACUAUUAAAGUGAAAUUUCUGUGGGAAAAGCAAGUCUUAUAUCCCAGACUGACAUGCAAAAAAAAAAAAGACUGACAUCAUGUCUGACUUCAUUCUGCAUUUCUGCAGUUAACAUGGCAAUGGAUGCGGUUUUUGGAUGCGUUUUUUAAAAUUUGUUUUGAGGCACCUGUGACAGGGAGGGGUGCAAAAACCAAGGAGUUGGCUAGAUAUAUAUUGUAUGUGAAACCAGGGGGCUGCACUCACUUGAACAUGCAGCACCCCAUUUAUGCAUGUUCAGGUGAGUACAAAAAACAAAUAUGAACGCUAACUUUGGCAAGCGUUUGUGGCUACUACAAAAGACUGGACAUACCUCAUUUUGAAUACCCUGGACUGUCUACAUUUGACAAUGGUAUGCCAUGAGGGGUUAAUUCACAUUCCUGGGCUACCAUAUGGCAUCAUAGACCCAGCAAACCAAUCUGGCAAACUGAAUUGAGCAAGCCCUAUAUUGACCCUGUAACUUUCCAAAACACCAUAAAACCUGUAUUGUUAUACUCGUAAGACUUCGCUGAACACAAAUAUGAGUGUUUAACCCCUUAAGGACUGCGUAAAAUGUACACGUUGUGAUCAAAACAUAAUCUGGAAUUUGACUGUCUGUUCAACCGUAAUUCGACUCUUUCAUAUUAAGUGUACCCACACUUAUUCUAUAUCAUUUUAUUUAGGUGAAACAGGGCUUUCAUUAACAUCAAAUAUUUAGGUAUGAAACAUAAUUUAAUAUGAAUAAAAUAUAAAAAAAGGUUUUAGUUCUACGUGACAUUUUAACUGUGAAUGUCGUCAUACUGUUUGCGUUUACUGCAAUAAAAUACACAUAUUUGUAUUCAUCGAUGUCUCACGUGUAAAACAGUACGCUCUAUGUACAGGUUUUAUGGUGUUUUGGGAAGUUACAGGGUCAAAUAUAGCAUGUUACAUUUUUCCGUUUUUUCACAUUUUGUGCGCCAUACGAUAAAUUUUCUUCUCUGAAUAAACUUCUUCCAUAGUGUAGAAUGUUUCAACCCCCAACCUUCUCUGUAAUCAUCUGCAAUGCACCCUUGCUUUCUACUUAUGGAUUCAGUAGAUUCUGAUCUGUCAUAUGUUCACUGACCUGUCAAAAAAUAACUAAAUGUUCCUGUAGGAAAAUUGGUGAAGAGACCAAACCAUGGGCCAUAUUUAGUGAAAUUAUGUCACUUGCUACGGUAAGGUUUCACAUUUGUGUGCUCUUUUUUUGAUUCUUUCUAUUAACAUUGAUGUUAAUUAUAGAUUAUUGUCCGCAUGGUGGGGGGUCUUGACCCAACACAAAAUAAGUUUAGCAUCCCAGACAGUUCUCUUUGGGACUGUGGGUGGGAAUUCUUUUCCUGCCUGCCAGACGCUUAAGGCAAUUAAUAAUAAACAUUGAAAGAAACCUACCUGUAGUAUUUUUAUAAUAAAAUACUUGCAGGUGAGUAAAUAAUCUGCUUGGAUGACGAAUUUCUCUGAGACUAUCCCCUUCAGUCUCAAAAACCAAAACAAUGUAUGACUUAAAGGAAAUACUGUAUAUGAAACUAGACUUCUUCAUGGCCUCAUAAUGUUCACAAAACAAACAUUGAAAGUCAUAAAUAAAACUUCUUAAACAGAAUAAACACAUUUAAAUUACAAUUUCAAAUUGUUUCUGACCAUCUGAGCCAGGGCCUCUUACUUGUUUCAGUAAUAUCCCAGUAACAGGCUGUCACGUGUCAAUGUAUAUACCUGUAAAACCUAAGCAGGAGCCCCUGGUCAGCCACUUUCUGUACCUGACGUUUCUGAGCAGGGUCUCAAUCUCCUGUCUGUUUCUACCAGUAGUAUCUGGCCAGGCCAUCCUUGCCUGCCACUGGCUGUACCUGUAAUAUCUAAGCAGGUGGCCCACACCUGUCACUGGCUGUACCUGUAUUAUGUAAGCAGGUGGCCCACACCUGUCACUGGCUGUACCUGUAUUAUGUAAGCAGGUGGCCCACACCUGUCACUGGCUGUACCUGUAUUAUCUAAGCAGGUGGCCCACACCUGUCACUGGCUGUACCUGUAUUUUCUCAGCAGGUGGCUCUCCUCUGUCCAUGGCGAUACCUGUAUUAUUUCAGCAGGUGGCCCUCACCUGUCAUUGGCUUUACCUGUACUAUUUUAGCAGGUGGCCCUCAUUUGUUGUCUUUUUGAGAAGAGUGGUGUAAAAAUGAAACUUGUGAUGAAUUCCCAAACUAUUUUGUAUAUUCUAUCUACAUGCAGGAAGGUAGCAGUUUCACAUGGCCUUGAUUUAAGCGUUCCGAUUAAUUCAGUAUAGUUAGAAAAUCUUUAGUAAUUUAUCUACAGAAGCAAUAAUUAAAGUCUAUGGGAACUUUGUAGCUAAAUCAUUUUGGAAAAAAUGUUUUCAAAAAUAUUGAAUUAUUUGGAAAGCUUAUAUGAUAAGAUAUAGAUGAAAAGAAGGAACCCCUCACCUGGUUAACAUACAUUUCUCUUUUAAAGCUAAAUUCCUUCUCUAACAGUUGUGCAGAAUGCCAAGUAAAGACUCUAGCAAAUGGGUAGCCACUCUGAAAUCCAGUGAAGCAGCACGGUUUUAGCAUUUUAUAAGUGUAUUUGCCAUAUUUUUGGGUAGCCGGUGUGCUUAAUCUCUGUAAUUUAGUAGUGGUUCUGUUUGCUAAAGUCUGAGUUUUUGACAUUUUUGUAAAAACACCAUUGUCAAAAAAUGACAAGGCUGUCAUGUGUCCUACUUUGAUCUUCCAUUUCAAAUUCCUCAGCUGUUUUGACGCGUGGGGUUUGUCAGCAUGACCCUGAUCUUGGUUCACUGUUGGAAAUCACUAUGACCGUAUCCAGCUAAGUGCUAUUUAAGUUGUGGUGACAUAACAGAAGUCCUGAUUAAUGUAUAUUUAUUCCCAUUUGUAUUUCUUGUAAAUAGUAUUAGGGAUGCACCGAAAUUUCGUCGGCCAACAUUUUUGGCCGAAAAUGGGCCUAUUCCAUUUCGGCCAAUUAAAGGGUCAAAUUUGCAGAAAAAAAAUAAAUAUAUAUAAACUGACAUUUCUUUUUUAAAUUUUUUUUUGUAGUGCAUAGUUUAACAGAUAUGCUUGCAUUGACAAUUCAGACGAUUAUAUAUCAAAUGAAAGGUCGUAAUGAUAACAUGAAAAGUAAAGAAUACUGCAUUAUGGGACGGGGGGGGGAAAAGAACAUUAUGGGACAGGGGAGGGGGAAGAACAUUAUGGGACAGGGGGGGGGGGGAAGAACAUUAUGGGACAGGGGAGGGGGGGGGGAAGAACAUUAUGGGACGGGGGGGAAACUAAAAAAGAGGGGGGGCACGAAGGUACAGGGAAGGGAAAAGGAACAUCGGGGUAGGGUGGACCACUAAAAGUGAAGGGAAGUUUUUCAUAUUAGAUUCAUUUUAAAAAAAAUCUAAUUUUAAUGAAAUUAUAGAAGAAAAAAAACUAUUUUAAAAUCAUAUGGGAGAAAAAGUAGUUUUCGGCCAAGGGCAUCCUGAAUUUUCAGUUUUGGCCCAGAAUUUUCAUUUUGGUGCAUCCCUAUAUAGUAUGUACACAUUUGUAAAAUAAAUUCACAAGACUCGCAGAAUGCCAAAAAAAUGUCAUUCCUUGUUUCUGUAGGUUUUAAGCAAUUAUCUGCUUGAAUGGCACAAGCUAAGUUAUGACAGAGCCAGUGCCCCAAGAAGAUGAAAAGAAUGGUCCAUCCACAGUUGUUCAAGCACACAUUUUACCAAACUUAUUUAAGAUCUGUCAUAUGUUCAGACAAAUGAGGCUGCAUGUUCAUGGUGUCUUAUGAACAAAGAUCUUGCAACCAGGAACUAAAGCUGCUUCCAAAGCCAGAUGUGUACUAGUGUGCUAGAUACGGAUUUUUUUCUUUCAGUGAGAGAACAUUUAUGUCGAGGCAUAUUUAUCUACAGUAAUUGGUGUAGAAAAGUGAUGUAUACUGUAUGCAGAUUGCAUAAAAUGAGACCACUGUUCACUAUACUCAUUUUAGUUUGUUAUACUUUCUGUAAUUCCACAGGAGGGUUUGUACGUCCAUAGAAUGGGGAAUAGCAAUAAUAUUGUAGCCAAUUGGAACUCUGAAUGUUGACUUUACGGUGUCAGUUUUUGAAAAUUAAUUAAUUUAUUGAUUUUUAUUUAUUACUAGGUGUAAUUACCCAUACGCACCAGCUGAACUACUAGAAGUCCCAUAAUGACCUCUUAUGUUCUAUGACUAUAUUUAAAGGGACACUCUCCAGGCACCCAGACCACUUCUGUCUAUUGGAGUGUGCUUGGUGCCAACUCCUACCACCCUUAACUCUGCAAGUGUAAUUAUAAAAAAAAAAUAAAAAAUUAAAACUGCAAUAAUUACCUUGCGUGGCUGUCUUAUCAGACAGCCGCUAGAGGGACUUUCGUGUUCUUAGAACAAAGUGUUUUAAACGAUGCUGGACGUCCUCACGCAAUGCAUGAGGACCUCCAGGGUCGCCGGAAUCCUCAUACUAUGGGAAGGUCUAAUGCGCGCGUCCAUUGCAGCGCAUGCGCAUUAGGACUCCCCUGACAUCGGUGGGGGAGGAGCAUGGGCGGAACCUUACCCAGCGCCGACGGACAUCGGUGCUGGAUUCAGGUAAGUCACUGAAGGGGUUUUAACCACAUUCAGCAACAUGGGAUGGGGGUUGGGAGGCAGGGGCACACUGCAGGAAAAUGGAUAUGUUUUCCUGGCACCAGAGAGUCCCUUUUAAGCUUUUUCUUUUUUCUGAUUGUAUGAAAGGGACAUGGCUAGGGGACAGAUUCCUGAUGCUUGUGUUUAUUCAUUCAAUUGUUUAUCAGUUUCUAAACCGUGCAUAGUAAAAUACACUUGCAUAUGGGAUAUGCUAAUAGAAGAUUAAUCCUUUAAUCGAAUCUUUAACAAGGUUACGUAGCUUUCGAUCUACCAAUUACGUAGAUUUAACCCCUUUAAGACCAGUGACAAUCUGCCAUCAUAACUGUCUGUUCUUAAAGGAGCCAUUUCCAAAAUGGAAUUCACUCCAUAACUUACUGAAGGGCUGUAUAGAGCUGACAGACCAAAAAAAAGUAAACUCUAAACAUUCUAUUUUGGCAUAUGGUAUAGAGGGGCAUGGUUGUAGUGGCAGAAUAGUGUAGCAUUUGAUCUUUCAUUUUCUUUCAAAUUAUCUUCGUACACUUUAUUAUAUCUUAUAAUGAUAUAUUUACAGACUGUUCAGGUGACCUGUAUGUUGUCCAGUAUAUAUUACAUUAUUACCAUCCUGCAUAAAAAAAUACUGAUUAUAAAGUGUUUGAAUUUGAUAUUAAAUCUGUAAAAUCAAAAUGGUAAUAAUCCUCGAAGUGUAUUUUCCCAAGAUGGAUACAAAUGAAUAAUUACUAUUUAAAAGAUGGAUACCUUGGUAUAUUAGCUGCUCUAUACCUCUCCUCCCCCCCUUCAUGAAAUUGAUUUCAUGAACUCCCUUUUCCAUAACCCAAGAGACUGAGGGGCACAAAAUGGGCAUGUAUCCAACCAGCAACCGUUUUAAAGUCAGCUCCUGUUAAACAAUGAGUCUUUAGAAAUGCAACGCUUAUCUUUUGUAUAUAACAUAAAAGGCCCAUGUGACUGAACUUCGUAGGCCUCUUCUGGGGGUUCUUGGUUUAAACACAGUGGCCACUGACUACAAAAAUAUAGAAUUUCCCAGCUCUAUAAACGAAAGAUCCUGUGAUGUUAAUUGUGGUUUAUAAAUGACGAUAGAAUCUUAAGGUGGAAUCUUCACUGUUUUAUGUAUGUUUUAUAUAUUUUUUUUAUUUUAAAAGUUCCUUUAACUGUAGGCUGUGUCAAUUCAAAAAUGUCUUAGUCUGUCUGAGAUUUGUGGAGUUCCCAUGCAACAACUAUCUCCAUGAUUUCAGCUUUUGAUUGGAUAGUGGUAUGCCAGCACAGGGACUUGUGAGACCGCUUCAUACGGUUUCUGAAACCCACACUAAGUUUCCAAACUUACUUUUCAUUAUAGGAACACUAUAGUAACCCAGACCACUUCAUCUCAAUGAAAUGAUCUCUGUGAAGAGUCCCUGUCCCCUUAACCCUUCAAUGUAAAACAUUGCAGAUCUUGAGAAACUGCAGAGUUAACUCCUACCCUAGUGGCACAGACCAAGCCACUUCAAUCUCCCUUCACUCCUGCCGCACUGUGCAGCACUGCACCAGGAAGCACCUCCAAUGGCCAUCUGAGGAGUAGUCACUAGAAGUGAACCUAGGCUUUAAUGUAAACACUGCCAUUUCUCUAAAAAGACUGUGUUUAUGGCAAAAUGCCUGCAGAUACGGACUAUACUCACCAGAACAAAUACUGUGAGCUGUAGCUAUAUAGUGUCCCUUUAACAUUGCUGUGACUAAUGCUUACUUUUAAGCGUUCCUGCACAUCUGUCUAAAUGUAUGAGGAAGAGACAGGAACAGACUUGUGACCUUUCUCCACUAUAAAUAUGUCAUCCUUGCUGGGGGUAUCUAGGAUGCUUGUGGAAGCAUUUGAAGUACUCCCAGCACUGUGCCUUACUACACUGAGUUCUGUUGGCUGAUUAACCCCUCCUCUGCUGGAGGUAUAAAGCCAGGGGUUAUCAGCCAGCCCAGAGCUAGAGUGCAUAAUGUUAAAUCUGCGCAACAUUUGUUGCACAGAAAGUCAGCCGGUGGCUGAGAACGAACAAAGUAAUGAUGGUCCAGGCACUCAAGUUCAAUGCAGUGGGCAGAUUUAUUGGAGCAGAAUCAAACAACGUUUCGACCCAAAAGAGGGCCUUUGUCAAGCUUGACAAAGGCCCUGUUGUGGGCCGAAAUGUUUUGAUUCUGCUCCAAUAAAUCUGCCCACUGGACUGAACUUGAAUGCCUGGACCAUCAUUACUUUUUUGCAAAUUACUUUGUGAGGAUUGGCCAACAAAAAAUAGUGGCUGAGAACAGUCUGCUGACUCUCUCAACCAAUAAAUGUCGACCACCAUGCCUCCCAGCUUCUUCAACUCUGCAGGAGCUAGAAGCCUGUUACUGGACCACGAGGAAGCAUUGGAGUAGUGUGGGGACAUAGCUAAUCAGUUUGCCCCAUUACUGGGCAAGGGAACUACUGGCAUUAUAACCAUUACAGUGGGCUAUGGUAUUAUAAUGCUUGAAGUAACCCUUCAAUUACAUCUUUGAGGACAAUAUAAGAGGUAGUUUUCAAAUGGCACUGAUGAUCCUUCAUAAACAGUGGCACACUGGCUGUAGCUCAACUUCCAACUGGAACUGGUUAGUGGGACAGUGGUAAUAGUGUACUGUACACUGAUAUCUGUACACUGAUAUCUGUACACUGAUUUUAUAUAUACAUUUUUUUUUCCUUGUUUUCCUCCAAUGUAUGCCUGUAUUCUGAAUAUAAAUGUAUAGCUGUAUUUAUCUGUAUAUCUGAGUGCCAAGCAGUUCUGUGCAGUCUUAGAUUAGGAGCAGAGGAAGUGCUUGCUUGCUAUUUCCUGGCUCUUUGUAUUUGUAAUAAAGGCAUGGAAUGAUUCAUUGUUUUGAGCUAGGCUGAGCGAUACAUAUCCCUUCUUAUAGUGCUGGUAUCUGCUCCCUUUACUCUAGGAAAAUGCCAUUUAUUCUCUGUCUGCUCGCUAGGAUUGCCAUCGAUGGGUCCUGUUACUCCUAUCACUAAAUGCCAAGUCCUGUGUAACAGAAAAAGAAGCAUCAACAGGUCUUCAAUAAGGAAUCACAGUAAUGUCUACUCCAAUAAGUUUAGAAAAAGGAAAUUGUAUUUUCAGAAUGGUAAAGGGAAAAUUGAAAAACUGCUAAUAUAUGGAUUGAUGUUACUAAAAAACUUAAAUCCAGUGAAAAUGUUUAUUAUAUAAAGCUGAUAUCACUGAAUGUACUUUGUAUUCCUAGUUUGUCCCCCUCCAUCUCUCAAUCGUCUCUCCAGAUUCUUUUGAUGCUUCUUGUAUGAGGGAGUUGGAGAGGGGGGGUCCAUUACCUCAAGGCUCCCAAGGACAAUGCUGCUACAAUUACAGCUCUGAUAUGACUUCUUUCUCAUUGAAAUUCUGCUGCGAAAGGGUUUCACAUAUCCUCAGCCUAUGUGUGUGUGUUUUUUCUUUUCAUUUUCUUUUUAAUAGAGGGUUUUGUGUGUGUGUGUGUGUGUGUGUGUGUUUACAUAUUUACAGUAAAGCCAUUUGUUAUUUAUUUGUAAAUCUGUGUUCUGAGUUGUUAACAGGUUCUUGUGAUAAAACUAGUGAUUAGUGACCGUUAUGAUCUGUCCUCCUUUAUAAAAUAGCAAGGGCCUUAAAAAAACGAAUCAAUAGCAAAACUGCACAUUUUUUACACCACAUCUUUCACUUUCCUGUAUAUUAGAUCAUCCUUCUAUGCAAUGUGAGCACUGAGACUUCAAAGCUGCCAUUCUUUGCUAUUAAAUAUAAAGAUCCUUCUGAGGAUUUGUACAUGCCAUGCAGGAUUAUAAUAGGAAGAAUAGAAUGAAUGUGCUAUGCUUAAUGCUUGAAAUUGCAUUACUCUCUUUAUACAGCUCUUUAAUGUGAAAGUUCUUUACUCCCUCUUAGACAAAUUAUGCUACUUUUUUAUGUCUUUCUAUCAUUUUUCAUGUAACAGUGUUAAAAUAUUAACUCUUGCUGGUUACAUUGUACAUAACCUAUCUCCCCAUAGUACAUUAAACUAGGAUGUUUUAAUAGUUGUGGAAUUCGACAUCAUUGUGUCCAAGUCUGUGAAUUUUUCCUGCUUAUAUUAUGUUUGUAAUUGCAAGUGUACAGACCUAUUAUGUAUGCUAGCACAAUGCAUUCCAGACAUGCCUGAAUUCAGGUCAGCUGUAGACCUUCUACCUGAGUGGUUAACGGCUGCAUUGUUUGGAUUGCUCAUGCCACAUGCAAGGUAUUUUAAUUAGGGUUAACUGAUGUAUUGAAGGUCCAUGGGGAUCAGUCAGUCUGCCUGUAGUAUGAAGGACAUGUGCUGCAAGUAUAACUAUAUAUGGAUUUCUCAAGUUGUCAUUAUUGGUAUUUAUAUAGCGCCAACUUAUUUCGUAGCGCUUUAUAACAUUAUGAAAGGGGGCAGAUUUUUCAAUUAAUUAGAUUUACAAAAUUCUACAGAAACAAUAAGUAGACGAGGACCCUGCCCAAACGAGUUAGUCACGUCAAAUGUAUAGAUCAGCAAGUAUCCAAUCUUUAACAAUUUGAUUUAUCAUUUUACGAUAAAUGUUAAAGCUUCCCUGUGAUUAGGAAACAUUGGCAGCUUCUGCCACACAAAUCGUUUUUUUUUUUUUUUUACUAACCUGCAAUGGCUAAUUUUACAUUUGUAAUAAUGGCUGGUUCCUCUCAUUGCCAUACCAGACAUAGAAAUGUUGGCUGUUGUGUUUGUCUGGCAUGAACCACUGGUAAGCUGUCCAGUGGAUUCUUCUGAGCCAGUCUGUAUUAGAUUAAUCACUGCAGCACUCCUUACAAUGAUGCAGUUUUGUAAUAUUUUACCAUUGAAGGCAAUGGUAUCUGAAGCUCAUAAACUGGUUCCUGUAGAAUGCUGUUGCCAAGGAAGCAGGAUGAAUAUAUACUUAUUAUUAUUAUUAUUAUUAUUAUUAUUAUUAUUAUUCCUUCUGCUUCCUGGCAGGUGCUAGCAGAGUGUCUGAGAGGUGUCAGCUACGCAUUCUGAAUAUUGUAAAUACUCCUAAUUGUUAUUCUAAUGCUCCCUGCCCUAAAUUAUAAAGCUGACUGGCUCAGUGCAUGGGAAUGCAGAGCAUGAGCAUGUGUGUAUGGAUCCUGCUCACUAUCUCAGCUGUUAACCUCCUCCUCGGCAAAAAAUAGAGUUGCCCUCCCUCUGGGAAAGAGGCCAGAGACGCUGUGUUUACAAGGGGAGUGAUUUGGGAGAAGCUACUAUUCGUUUGAGGAGCAGAAAAGCAGAACCUCAGAGAGAGAGAGAGAACAGAGCAUCACAGUGGGGGUGGGGGGUUGGUUGGGAGCUCAACUUCAGAGAGGAACAGAGGCAGCAGAAGAGCCAUGGCUUUAACAUGUUAGAACUCCUUGGUCGCAGGACAGGUGAAGAAUGUCCCUUUUUGGGAAAGAUGGCUUUCAGCAUGGCAUUCAUGAUGCCCCAGUCUGUGCUAGCAUUGAUGGGCACUGGUGCUGGCACUCUUGAUUCUCCUUAAUGUGUGUUGUGUAUGUGCGCGCUGUGGAUAUUGGUGGAGCUAAAAUGACCCGUUGGUUUACCUGUUCUUCUAAACGCACAGUAAGUUUGUUUUAUGGCAUCCACUGAUCUUCUUUCAGUAUAAAGCAGUAGGUGAAAAACUAUGGGGAAACAAUAGUUUUGAACUUUGUUUAGCGUUGCAUUCAUUAUAGUCAUAAAGACCAUUUUCACUCCUUUUUUAUUGCUUCUGUGUAUGCUGACACUUAUGUUAUUAGUCUUGCCUUCAUUCUGUUCCAGAACACAUUAAUAUACAGUGAUUGUACUCUUGCUUUUCUCUCUCUCAGCUUUAUUCACCAAACUAUGAAUUGUUUGGAUCGUACUGUGGCAUGGCAAAGAUUAGGCUACAAUUUAGUGAGCUGAUUAGUCUCAGAUUAGUCAAUGAACCAACUUUAUCUCUUUAUAUUAAUUCCCCUUACUCCGUUCUUGUUUCUCUUAAGCUGUUUUUCUCUCCUCUUCAACAUUCCAAUAUUUCACCUGCCACAUUCACAUCCUUGCUCUUACUUAUGUCAUCAUUCAUCCAUCUAUACAACGAGAUUAACUGUCUGUUACAAGGUGUGCUCUGGCACUGGCAUACACUUCAACCUGUUUUAUGCUCACCUGGUUUUACAUUCCCCAUGCUAUGCACAUGGUUUAGUGUACAUUAAUACGUCUAAUGUACCAUUAUGCUCUUUUAUUAAUUGCACAAUUCACUGCACGAUCUUUAAACCUGUUGUGGUGUUAUAUAAAAAAAAUAUCUAUUUGUGUGUUUUUUUGUUUUUUUUGUUUUUUUACAUGGAUUUAAAAUCAUCCACAGGAUUCUCUCUAAAAUCAGUUAGUUAUGAUGGGUAUGAUCAGUUUCAGACUAAGAUAGAAUUGCCAUGUUCUGUGCAUUGAAAGAGCUGGACUUAGAUUCUGGGCACUUGAGCAGACUCUUUCUAGAAGAUUUGCAUGGUGAAUCAUUAAAUGCAGCAUAGGUUACAAUGCUCCAAGUUCAGCGUCUGGACUUCAUCAUUUGUUUUCUCUUUUUUUUUUUGUUAACAGCAAACCUCUGAUUGGAGCAAAUAUGAUGACCGGCUGAUGAGAGCAGCAGAACGAGGAGAUGUAGAGAAGAUUUCAGCCACCCUUGCCAAAAAGGGUGUAAAUCCCAGCAAGCUGGACCUGGAGGGCCGUUCAGCGUGAGUUUACUGCUACAACUGUAUUACUAAUCUUAACCUUUGGAUAAAACUGCAGUCCCUUCCACCUGUGCGUGAUGCCAUUAUUAUUUAAGUAUUAGUAAGACGAAAGACAAACAUUGUGUCUCUAAGCACGGGGGCUCUAUACAGGAUAAAGUAGGAGUAGCCAACUGGUAGCACUCCAGCAGUUGCUGAACUACACCUCCCACGGUCAUCAACCAACAUUUGUCCCGUCAAAUCCUGAUCGAGGUGCUUCUGAGUUGUAGUUCAAUACCAGCAGAACAAUCAAAUUAGGUGCAAUUGUUUUUUGCUUUGCAUUCAAAUGGUAUUACCAAAAUGUUCUAUAUUUAUAUUUUCCUUAAAGAAAAACUGUAGAUGACACACAUUUUAAUGUGCUAGGUUUAUGUAAAUAAGCACUGAUGUCACUUUUCAUUCAUGCAAAGACAAGAAUGAAGUGAAUGCAUAGUCAGAUAGAAGCCAUUGGUGGUCUCUGUUAAAGUGCCCCCCCCCCCCAAAGAUUUAUCUGCUUGUAUGGUGCUGUUUGAUUUAGGGGGCAGCUUGUGCUUCCUAUGUCUCAUAUAACUUGUUUUUAAUUCAAAAUGAAUCUAGAUACAACAUGGACCUUUUACAAAGAAUCUUUCUGAAGUGGCACAGACACUUUAGAGUUUUUCCAUACAAAUUACUAAUGUGUAUAUUUGGUGUAUUUGCAUGUAUGUAGCUAUGUUGUUAUCAAUCAAAUUUAGAAAUCACCAAUGAAUUCUAGAAACGAGUAGUUGAUGUACAAAAUAACAAUGCCAGAGACAGGAGUUGAUGAGAUUUAAGACUUACUAUACAUGUAUGUCACCAUGGCACAUUCUUAUUUAUAGAUGAUUCUGGGAAGAAGGAGGUGAGAAAUUGUUAUGGCAAGCUAAAACCACACAAGUACAGCCAAGGGGAAGUAUACCUUUAAGCGGCAUGACUUAUUGCUGCAGCAAUUUCUGCAAAUCACUGUAAUUCUAAGACACUGUAAACAGGGAGGCGGAAACCAUUCUUACAUGCUUGGAGUUUCCUUAUAAGGGAGAUUCAUACGUGUUAAGAACGUUAUCUCCAUGUUAUUUAUUGCACAAAGUUAUUUAAUGAAUGUUGGUGCAAAAAGUGGCAUGGGACUGGAUGUAAGAGAGGGCAUGUGAGUAACUCUGUCAAGCUCGCUUCCUAGCUCUCCUCUGGAACACAGGAGUGCUUCAGCCCCUGGCCGCAGCUUGGCUGGGGUCUCUCCGUCGCUUCCCGCUCCGGAACAGGGCUAUGGAACAGGGUCCUGGGUACAGCUUCAAGUGAUUAAGCUCUCCUGCAGAGAGUAUAGCUGAUCCAAUCAAACACUAGUCCAGACUAAGUGAUGGGUGUAAAGGAACUGGUUUAUUAUGGCUAAGUUGCCUGCUUUUACACACUUCCCCCAGCUGGGGGUCUUCACACAAUUCAAAUGAUAUUUGUGCCUGGGAGAUAAUUGCGUUAAAGACAGGUAAGCUGGCGGAGCUUGACCACCAACCUGACAAGACGCCAUGCUGAUAAGCUCCUCCUAGCAACAUCAAAAAUCCACGGAUAUCCCGCAAAAGAGAGCCCAUCCAGCCCUAAAAAGUGGAUAGCUGAACACACCAACACCCCCUGAGGCGACAAAUGCCUUUUUUUUUUUUUCUUGCACCCAGUAGCUAAAAAGCUGACGGUGGAGGGGAUCUACCGCCUACCUGGACCCGCGGGGGGACCAACUAACAUGGCAAGAGACGUCAUACUAAGGUGCCUCACAGUGCACGACAAAAUACUCAUCAUGUCCGCAAUUGAAGGCAAAACGCCUCUAUACUUUGAAGAGGCUCAUCUCUCGUUUUAUCAAGAUCUCACAAAGACAACCCUCCUCUGGCGCAAAACAUUCCAACCGGUAACAAGCCUUUUACGUUCAACAAACAUAAGCUACAGGUGGGGAACGAACGGAUCCUUAACGGUGACCCAGAAUGGAAACCUACAUACACUUCGAUGGAAGACACAACACCAUUCCUCACAGCACUGGGCCUGGAGCCACUGAGGACCAACACACCCCCGAACACCUCCACUCCCAUUUGGAAUCCGGACAAGACGGUGACCUUCGUCCCGAGGAACGAGCGCAUGAGAGCGACGGACCCAGGACCAAGCUUGAGAGCCCACCCAACAUAGGGUACAUGGAAACAACACCUGAGGACUGCCUUGCCAGGCACAACCGCUCCAAAGUCCUACAAGAGACCAUAUGUUCAGUUAUUAACUAUUGAUAUCACCUUCUGUGCUUCCCCUCUCUCUCCCCUUCCCGCAUAAUUUCUUAUUACUACAACCAAUAGGAUCAACACCAGCUCCAGGGCGCACAACACGACUAGUGGAAGGGGACACCUAAACGGUACCAACUAUCCCACAACUGAAAUCACUCAAACUCCCUCCCUACACAAACAAACUAGCGGGCACCCUAGAACACCCACACUCCAUACCCCCCCAAUACUCCCUUGAUCAGGAGUGCUCACCCGGAGUGCAUAGAUUUAGUCAGGACAUAGCCCUGAUACCGGCUCCUGACAGCCAUGUCACCUCGGACACUACCUUAAAGACCACACUUACUCUAUGCACAUACUGCAGCCUAGUCAAGCACGCAUAUACGCAAAUAUAUGUUGCAACUCUGGCCCACUAACGCUCACAUGCACCCCCAACAUAGGGCAACAACACCCUUAGGUAAGCGGAGAAACAGUACGAAGCCACACACCCCUCAAACAUAGGGGAACUCGCAAGUCACCUAAGCUUCUGCAAGCACAUUUCCCUAAUAUGACAUGCAUACGUACCCUCCAUACCUUGUGCUGGAACAUAAAGAAUCAAACAAGAGAUUAGCGUAGUAAGGGACUAGAAUUGCAUGUAGUCAGGGCCAGUGCAGUAACUUUGACUCUCCUUUGCAAGCCUAUCAAGUUACACACACGCCUUAUAACAAAGCGAUUUAGGCAUUUACGGAAUUAAGCCUGUAUCACUCAAUCAGAAUGCUGUUCUAUGUUGCCUAACAUUAGCCAAAUUGAUAUGCCAGCAAAGUUACCUCCAACUAGGAGUCAGGGUUGGCUGCUGGACCUAUGACUGUUUAUUAUUUUCAUCAUCUUUAAUCAUAAAAAAUUGUGCAUAUUUUCUUAUGUACCUCUGUCUAAAUGUCUAUAUACCAAGUUGGAGGAUUGCCUUUGGGGUACCUCCCAACUGUCUGUUAUGAGCUUAUGCACUACAAAAAUAAAGAAUUAAAAAAAUUAAAAAAAGACAGGUAAGCUAAUUAUCUCCCAAGAACAGAGAGGCAAACCUAAAAAUAUAAAACCUAAAAAUACCCCAAAACAUCAUAAAAUAUAUAAUAACCCCACAAAUAAUACAUCGCCAAGUAGCCCUGAACUGAGUGCCCAAGUUCUCCAAAUAGUGCUUAGAUCCAUGCAGUGUAAGGGAAACGCCACCAUGUUAAAACUCUGCCCGGCUACACACAUGGUCCUAUGCCCAGAACAGAUCCAGGGCGUUUGGUGCCAUGGCAGGUCAACUUUCAGGGAGCACCUGCGGCUGCAAUACAGGGUGCUCCGCCUGGCUCUUAGGUAGCGUUUGUUCCCCUUAGUCUCAGGCACCUUUCCUCCAAAAGCGCUACCCUGGCAGAUUUUCAAGACCGCGAAAUAUAUUGUCCGGGAACCGCACGGUCGCCUCAUGCCGAAAAUGGUUCCAUAACAUUCGUGGCUAAGUCCCGCUGAGGUGACCGGGACCCACAAAGUCCUCAUGCCGAAAUUAGUUCCCUAGCAGUCGCGGCUAAAUACCGCUGGGACUGUUUGUGGGUUUGGUUCACGCGAACAGCCGCCAGAGAGCUAGCUUUCAGUUACAUUCGCGUGAAGGGAAAGUGCCGGAGCUACUAAUGGCAGAUGAGGAGGUUUAACUCCUGAAAAGGGUCUUUGUAAGUAGCCCGUAGUCAUUGGGCAGGAGGCUAGCCUAGCAGGCUCCUCCAGGAGCUCGUGCUACAGGGGGUGAGUAAAGUGAUCCCUCCUUAGUGUUCAGCACAAAUGCUGCUUUUCCUCUUUUACAAAGUUGUUGGGUCUGUAAUUCUUCCUUUGUACGCUAAAUAGCUUGCUACAUAUGCAAUUUGCAAGUUUCUUUCAUCUUUACUUAUGUUAUAAUGCUACUUAUAUCAUUUUAUUUAUUUCACUUUAUGUAAUCUCAUGCAAAGAAUUUUGCUUUGAUCCAGCUAUUUCUCGAAUAUCAACCUUCAAAAGUUACCUCCAAGCCUCAUUGUAAUCUAUGUAUCCUGUAUUGAUUCAUUUAAAAAUGUUACUGUAAUUGUGCCUUGCAAGGGACGGCCUUGCCCAAUAAGGUGAGAGAAUGAAUGGGAUACAAAAGCAUAUUUCUAUAAAGUUUGUACUAAAAUAUGUUCUCUCUCUCUUACUAUUCAGGUUCCACAUCGUAGCUUCAAAAGGUCACCUGGAGUGUCUGAAUGCAAUCCUGUUACAUGGGGUGGAUCUCACAGCCCCAGAUGCUGCUGGUAUGUGGGUGGGAAGCACAUGUGCAAUAUGAAGUGUUAUAAAAGGAAAUUAAAUAACCGGUCAACACUCUUUGGCGUAGAGAACAUGCAGGUGUGUUUAUUUAGAGAAGCAUGUGGGUGCGAAAGAACAUCGCCCUUUUGUAUUAAUUACCUGCUAAUAAAAAAAAAAUAAUAAAAAAAAAAAAAAAUCUAAACUAUAAUCAUCAGCACUUAGCAGUAUUUGUACGCAAUAAAAGUGUAUAGUAAAAGGCUAUAACUCGAGUUGGUAGAUUUUCUUGCUCUCGUUAAUCUCUGAGUAAGAAACUUCAAAAGAAAUACUAGCUGUUUUGCGUGUAUGUGAAUAUGUAAUUGUAUUUAUUAUUUGGUAACCGUUCGCCUUUUCUCCUGUUCUGUAAGCCUUAGUGCACUUUUGCAAGUCUUGUUGGAUGAGAAACACACCUUUUUGAUUAAGUUAUUUAUUUGUUUAUUUGCUAUUCCAGGUUAUUAACCAAAGGUGUGAAUUGUCAAGAAUGUUCAUUUUUAAAGUUUUGUGAAAUUCACUUUAAAUUUGACCGUUCACACUUUAUCGUGUAUCACUCUACAUAUCACACACUUGUACGUAGAUUCUGCACACCACCAUAUUUGAAUGAAGUUCAUCCUAUAACAUAGAGUAAAUACUGGCCAUAUCCCACAGUGAUCGCGCCAGGACUGAGAGCAAGCUUUAUUAAGUGGACUCCCCGACAUUCCAGCUUUAUUAAUAAAUGUAUUUACGUAAAAGCUUGGAGUGUCUUUUAAUCGCAGUCCACGGUAGCAGAUUUUUCAAAGUUUGCCCCCAGUGGAUGUUGUAUUACCUGUACAUGCUCUAAAAACUCUUUCUGGGUGAGAAUGGCUUGAUCAAGGCGACACAGUGGCACACCUACGCUCACAAUGUGAUAUGUAAACAGAUUUCCUUUUAGCUUACAAUCACCUGUUUAUUGUUUUAUAUUUUAGAAUUUCAAUUUAAACAGGAGCACAUAGGAGGGACAUCACUCACCUCUCUGUAAUCAGCAGUUUGGGAGAUGGAUAAACACAUCCCUGUUCACAAUGUUGUGAACCAAGCUGUGAAUAAGAUAAUAAGCAGAAGAAGUAUGGCUAAUCCAGCAGUUUCACACAUUGAAUGUGAUGAGAGGGGCUGAAGUACUUAUCCCAUAAAACCCUAUCCAGCUUAUGGAAUGAUAUCCAACCCCAUACAACAGAAUGAAAGACUUUUGACCCCAGCUGUAGCCUUAACACAUUUAAAACCUGUACUGUGUGUUUUUAUUUUAAUUUAUAUAUUUAAUUUUCAUGCUCUCCAUUUUGUUUAACUUUAAUACCUUCAGUGAUUCCAGUAUUAAGUAAUGUGCAUUGACUGGUUUUUAUUUACAAAUAACCAUAUUUUUGGUGGACACAAUAUAUUUAGCGUUUUAUACAGAUCAAUUCUGGGACGGCAUUCCAGAUGUGGUGCAGUCACCACAGAUACAGAUGCAGAUUCAUAUUAUUCUGAAACUUUACCCAAUCAUUGUUCAUUUUAUAUAACCCUUGAGUUGGGUUUAGUUAUACUUUGAUGUGUUUUCUCUCAGGUCGCAAUGCUCUGCAUCUGUCUGCAAAGUAUGGUCACUCCUUGUGUCUGCAGAAACUGCUACAGGUUAGUGGGAUCUUUGCACUGGAUCUAUUUGAUUUAUUCUUUCGAAGGAUUACUAGCAAAAAUGCAUCAUAACAGGUGCUCACAUUGAAAGGACACCGCUGGACCAAAUUCCCACUGUUUUGUGCAGUAAAACAAAAUGUACAAAAAUUGUGUAGUGCACGUUCGUGAAUGUACCGCCAACCUAUGUACUGUCAAUGUUCAGGGAUGUUUUCAAGUGACGUGUGAAAUAAAUACUAACAGGGUUAUUUACCAAACUGAAAAUUGCUGUGAAUUCAACGUGAAUUUCAAAUUUAAGGACAAAAAUAGCACAUUUUAAAAAUUCUGCAAAAUUCCCAGUAAUUCUCACUUUAGUUGAUAUCCCUGUCAGUAUAGAGUUGUCCCAUGCUAUUCCACAUGCCAGAUACACAGCUCUUAUACCAGUCUCAAAUAGUCCUGGAUGUUGGAGGCAAGAAUAGUCUGUCCCAAUGCCCUACUCUGUGCUUGCCUGCCCCUCCCAGUGAUGCGUUUCUCAUCGCAUUGCUUCUUUGGAUUCUUGAUGACUUCUACCCUGAUUCCCAUUUUAUAUCCCCUCAAAGGACCUACCAUUUUCCUUACCGAUUUAACCCUUUUGUCACUUCCUAUUAUGACAUCUCUUUGAUUUUUGCAGUACUUCAUAACACUGUAGCUUUUAAUAGACAAUACAAUACGUUAUUUCAAUGUCUUCAACAAUGCAUUAACUUGAAACCUCCAUUUGUUGUUUCUCUCUCUUCCCUCCAGUUCAAUUGCCCCACAGAGAAUGUGGAUCUCCAAGGCAGAACUGCUCUCCAUGAUGCAGGUGAGAAGGCAGAAAGUUUCCAUUGUGGUUCUGCAGUUUUUAAAGCAGGGCUGGGCUUGGAGCCCCCAUAUUCCUUAAUGAGAACCUGAUGGAAUGCAUAGUCCUGCAAGAGUUCCACUGUCAAAGAUAUAUAAAUAUUAAUAUAAUAAUAGGUGUUCACCUCAUCAUUUUUAAAGGAAUUCAAGAUUUUACGUUUAUAUUAUUGUCAAAAAUAUUGGUUAUAUUUCAUAACUGGCUGUUUCUGUGUCUCUCACAGCAAUGUCUGAUUGUUGCUCCUGUGUGCACCUUCUCUGUGACCAUGGAGCGUGUGUUAAUGCAAAAGAUGGGGUAAGAAAUAGCUUCUCCUUAUGAAAUUCUCUUCAAACCCGCUGAAAUUGUUCUCUUCCUUUCGGUUUCUUCUCUCUCCCUCCAUACAUACCUGUCCUGUCCACCAACACACAUUGUUUCUUGUCUUUUUGCCCUAUAUGCUCCUUGUCCUUUUCACACACUUCAAUCCAGAUCUUUCUUUCUACCGAACACCUCUGUCUGCUCUGCAGGAUGGAGGGACUCCCCUGUCUCUGGCCACUCAGAUGUGUCAUCCAGCGAUCUGCCAGCUCUUAAUUGAGAAAGGAGCUGAGGUAAAUGCCAGAGACAAGCAGCACAGGUACGUUAAAUAGUGAAUGUGUACAUUUAAUUUGUACAUUGGGGUAUCUGUAUAUAGUGUGCCCAUCUGAUAGUGUUUGUUUUGCACAGAACUCCUUUGAUGCUGGGAUGUGAGUAUGGGUGUAAGGAGUCUGUGGAGGUACUGCUGCGGGUAGGAGCAGAAGUUGGGCUGGUGGACUCCCUUGGCCGUGAUUGUGCUUAUUAUGCCCGCAUAGGAGACAAUAUGGAAAUUCUGUCUCUAAUCCGAACUGCAAUGGAGAACUCCCCACGAGGUAAGUGUUUAUCUGUGCUCUGUAUCUUUCUACCUUGUAGCCACUUCUGGUCUACACCUUCUAAAUCGAGUUCACAAAGUGAACAAUAUCUCUGGUUUUCAUAAAGCCUGAUGGGCGUUGUGGUCUAGCCUUAAUCUAUGUAGUUUUCCCCCCUUUUUGCAAGAUGGCAUUUUUGCAAGGUGAUAACUUGUGUGAAUUCUGAUUUCUGUGUAUCUAUAUGCAGGGCCAGAACAUCUGAGGAGCGGUGUCUAUAAGCGCACAGUAAGUUUGGGUUCAUUGACAUUAUUAACGGUUUGUCUGUUUUGUUUGUAUAUGCUGGCAACCUGUCUAUUAGCAGCUGUUCUUCAUAGGACUACUCUGACCUCCCUCAUUGAAAUCUACCCAUGCAUUUACACUUACUGCACUCGCUCUCAGGGUGUGCUGAUACUGACUCUAGUAUAAUGACUCUGUUCACCUCCACACCUGUAAAACUACUAGAACCCAACAGAGCAUGGACACCUGGUAGAUGGGUUAGAGCACUGAUUCCAAGAAGAGGGAACUCCGGGCCCGUUCUCACCUCCAGUAUAAAAAGUACAGCUAUAUCCUUUGCAUAUGCCUGGGUUCUAUUAAAAGAAACAAACAAACAUAACAUAAGAAGGAUAAAUACAUGAAAAUUAUCUUUUUAUGGAACGGUUUCUGGACUUCCUCUCAAAAGCAAUGGGAGAACCAGGACUGGCUGAGGGAUCACAGCUUUUACGGUUUUCUGCCUACAUUACUGCAAAAGUAUUGUCUCCAAGCAAUUUGCUGGUAAUGAGGGAUAUUUGUGUGUUUUUAGAUCUACAAAAAGUUUUCCUCUUAAUGAAUAUUUCCAUUUAAUUCAGUUUUUCACUAAUUGCAAUUAAACAGGGAAUGAAAAAAGUAUUUUUGCAUCUUGAAGUCCUGCUCUCCCCUCAAUACGAGAGGAGAUAAAGUGCUUUCCUGAAUGUCUUCUCACACAUUGAAUGGAAUAUGUAAAAGCCCACUGCCCAGCACUGAAUGUAUGAAGACACAUUCUAACCUCUAGAUUAUGUGUUAUGGUUUAUUAACUAAAGGCCAAACAAUCGUGAAUUGCAAAGCUGCGAUUAUUCUUUAAGUGUAUAUUUUAGUCUAUAUUUUUAUAGUAUGGUUUUCAGCUCACUUCUGUGUUUAAUGAAAAAACUUUGGUCUGAGAACCUUAAAAUAUAAUUUCUAAUGAUAAAACGUGCUGUUAAUUGGUUUUAUUUUUAAGAGAAUAAAUUAGUAGUGUAUAUCCCUUACCAUACUAUAUAAAUGUCUUCUAGAUUAUUGUGUGUAUAAAAUAACAGAUUACCGCUACCCUUAAGGGUUUAUGUCACUCUGUGUUCUAUGUAAUGAUGUAAAAACGCGUCCCUUUUCUUCUACACAGAAACAGGUGAGACAGAAUUCAAAGUCAGAGCCCAGCACAAAAUCAAAGGAACAAGGGCAGGUAAGUUGUGUCUAUGCCUUUAUGUGGUCCGUCCUCUGAAACUGUGACUGGUUGGUUGAGAUCUGUUCUAUGCAGACACUUUCCCUCCCAACUAUUUUGCACAGGAUUUGGAAGUGGAGAAUGAGGAUCUUCGGGAUAAACUGCUGAAGCUUCAACAUGAACAGCGUGUUCUAAAUGAAAAAGUUGGGGGAUUGCAGAUGCAGCUCAGUCAGGUACAGAUCUGUGUGUGUGAUGCUUGUCCCAUUGGGGGUUCUGUGUGAGAAGUAAACUGCUUGAAUCAACCAUCUAGUAUGUGUGAAUGACUCUUAAAGGUACACUAUAGCAUUAGGAAUUCAAUAUUCCUAACACUUUAUACAUAUACAUACUGUGUACAUCCCAUGUCUUAAGAAAAACUAAUUUUUAAAAAUACAUAUUUAUAUUUCUUUUAGUCUUUGUCAAGCUGCUUUCCUUGCCAGCUCCACCUUCUUGACUGAGAUCGUCAAUCUGGGGGAUCUCAGCCAAUCCACUGUUCCUCCACAGGAAAGCAUGAAGGCUAGUGCGCAUGCACGUCAAAAAAUUGCAAUGCACCAAUCAACCUCUCUUCAUAGAGUUGCAUUGAUUCCAUGCAGGGUGUGGAGACGCUGAACGUCUGUCCUGCAAAGGUUGCAGGGUCAAACUCAGAAAGCCCUCUAGUGGCUGUGAGAGUGUACAUCACUAGAGGUGGACUUGGGCAGCAAUGUGAACACUGCCUUUCUUUUCAGAAAAUUCAGUGUUUACACUGCUGGGCCACCAAGGAUGACUAUAUAUCUAUAGUAGUUUUGGUGACUAAAGGAUAAGUGAUUAUUAUUUUAUUUUUUUAAAGCAACAAAAUGUGUGAUUUUAUAUAAUCAAACUUAUUAUUUUUACCAUGUAUAUUAAAAAAAUUGGAGAAAAUCCACAUGUAAACCACUCCAUUUUCAGGUUCCAUCUAGCUGCUCCAUGGGUCAACCGCUAUCCAUCUGUUUUUUUUUGUUUUGUUUUUUUUAGACUGGAUGGAACUUUGCAGAAUCAUCGCAGAUAGAAGCCCUUUUGUUUCUGACAGUGAUCCACUGCAGUGCAGGGUGAUGAUGUAUGUAAAUAAACUACAGCAGGACAGAAUCCGAUCAUAAAAUGUUUGGAUUGCUUUUAAAUCUGACCCUUGGAGCAGUAAGAUGGAGUUGGAAAAGGGAUUUACUCCAGUUUUUCAAUAUACAUUGUUAAAAAAAAAGAAAGAAUUGUAUUGCAUGAAAACUCCCAUAGUUUCUAUUGCUAUAACAACUUUUUUUUUUUUUUUUUUUAAUGACGAUUAUCCUUUAACUCACUAUUGUCUGUAGAGGUGUUACCAGAUUGAUUGACACAUGAUUGAAUUAUGUGUUUCAAAUGACACCUGGAAUUCUAAGGAUUGCUGAAUCUGUGGAAAAUCCAUUUAAAGUUUUUCGCGAACAGUCAAAAGAUAUCCGGUCUUUUUCAAGCAGCUGAAUCGUACUUAAUGCAUGUCUAGUGUGGUCUGUUUUAUAAAAUCUCCGAGGAUUUCUACUUUUUCAGCAACCUAGUAAUAGGAUGUGGACGUGUCUCUUAACGAAGUCUUGUUUUUUGUGGUCAUUCUGGUCUUCUUGAAGCUUGGGAGAUGUUGUGUGUGGACACAAGUCAUUUGUUAACUAUUACGCUGCUUAUGGGAAAAUGCUGUGAUCCUGAUGUUGGAAACACACAGACCUAAUUAUUGACUUUGGUUACAGGAACAGAUGAUGUCAGAUGACCUUGAGAAUGAGGUAAGAAUUUUCCUCCUGGAUGUUGAAUGUAAAGGAAAUUGUUAUAUCCUCUGGUGGGAAGGCUAAACCUCUAUACACAUAUAUUGCUGUCACUGAAAUACUUUCUCAUUCCACUGACCCAAACAGAGAGAGGAGUUCAAAGCACUGCUCGAAGCAAAAGAAAAAGAAUUGGAGGAAAGUCUGAAAACAAUGGAAAAUCUUAGAGGAAAAGUUAGGUAUUAUGAGGUAAGAAUCCAUCUGAAUGGUUAAAUAAAGGGUGGAAAGGAAGUGAGUUAGAGAACGAGUAGUGCUUAGUGCAAACAGUAGACUUAAACUGAACUUGGGAAAAGGGAAUUAAAAAAAAAAAAAAAAAAAAGGAAGGGUGGGUGGCUUUUGGUAAAGGAAACAUUUCUGAAUUAGAGUAAAAGUUCAUUUUGAUUUUAAAUGUUUUAAUCAUGAAAAGAAGGGAGGGAAAGUAGUAACAGAGGGACAUUUCAGAGAGGGACCCUGAUCGUCCCAGUAACAAUUAGUGCUGUUUUACAUUGUUGAGCUCCGAGCAUUUUACAAUUCCAGAUCUUUCUUUGCAGCAGAAAAACAGUUCUGUCCCAAGCAGCCCAUCCACUGGUAAGUAUGAAUAAAAGCAUAAAAAAAACCUCGUAAAGGCUUCUUCCAGUCAUCAAACCAAGUAUUUUCCACUUUCUUUCCUAUAAGGUAAAGAAGACUUUGUAAUGAAGCAGGUUCCUCUUCUUAGUGCAAAUCCCCAGGUAAUGAGUGAUAGGGAACAUGGGGGACUGGGCUUGUUCUCAUGUAAUCAAGUGUACAUUACAUCUGUUGGAGGUUUAGAAAAUAGCUCUGUUUCUACUUGAAAUGGGGGUUUGACUAUAUCAUCCACAUUGAUACCCUAUCUGCCCCUUCUGCCUCUAAGGUUCUUUCACUCACAUCCCCCUUUGAUCUCUUACAAUCCAGCCAAUUCCCUACUCCCCAUGAUGGAUGCUCUGCUGACCUGUUAUUUUCCUUCAUCUGCUCUACAUCUGGCUUUACUUGCCUCCCUUUUCCCAUUUAUAUAUAGCAAAAGGAGAAACUUUAAAUAAAUACGUGCACACCUAUGUGAAAGGAGGUAUGAAUAACCUACACAAUAUAAUACAGGUGGUCCUCGUUUUGCGACCUACAUGUUUUAAGACGGCUCGCACUUGCGACCAGCUCUCUCGCGGGGUGGUAAGUGCGAGCUGUCGUUGAAAUUAGAAGGAUUCCCUGCUCUUGUGCAUUCGUCUAUGUUCGGGGAAAUGUCCCUGAACACAGACCUGCGCACCAGAGCGGAGAAUCCCUUAAUCUAUGAUCGGGGAAAUUUCCCUGAACAUUGAUUAGAAGGAUUUUCUGCUCUGUUGCGUUCAUCUUUGGUCAGGGACAUUUCCCCGAACACAGAAGAACGCAGCAGAGCAGGGAAUCCCUUAACUCCUCACUUACCGACCAAUUUGUUCUACGACCGGGUCGUAUGAACGGAACCCGGUCGGUAAGUGAGGAGUGUCUGUGUAUGAUCAUAAAUACAACCUGAUAAUAUUAUAAACCUAAAAAAAGAAAAAACACUUGUGUAAUACAGCUACAGAUAUAAGGAGGAUGGAAGGGGAUGUAGAGCACUCUCAAGAUAGUAUUCAAUAGUAGGCGUAUCUCAAAAUAUAGGUCCUCUUCCAAAAAUAGAUUGUAUGGAGUUUCUAAUAUUGCAAGAAAAAAAACCCGCAAUAGUUCAAUAAUGUAAGGAAAAAAAAUAUAUUUAAUCGCUGGUUACUUACAAACAGGAUAAAAUAGACUGCAUGUCUCCACAUCUAUUUUUGGCUCUCUGGAGCCAUAAAUGUUAUGUUCCCAAGGGAGAUGCAACAGCAAUAAAUGAAAAUAAAACUUAAUAAAGUUAAAAACAAGUUUCAUAGGGAUCUUAACUCCUCCUGUAUUUGUCAGAUUGUGUCUCUUUGAUGUAUUGUCCCUUUUGUUUUGUUUUUUAAAACACCAGUACAGUGCUGCCGGAUGUUUUGGCAAUUUAUAAAUAAAGUUUAUUAUAAUAAAAAAAUGAGUUAGAAUUUUUCCAUCUUGGCUGUUCUGACAUACAUUUUGAUGUCCCGUUUCUUCUUAAGUGAAUAAGCAUCUUGGGAUUUCACUGAUUUUAACAACUUUUUGGAAAUAUCAUUUUAAAAAAUAAUUUGUAACUAUUUUGUUUUACAAGAUAACUUUAAGGAACUGUUUGGAAGUAUAUUUUUGUAAAUUGUUUAAAUCUAAUCUACUUUUUUGUGUUUUUGUAUCUUUAUUAAGCUCGUAGCUCACCUGCCGGCCAGGUCUCAGCUGCGGCCUUUGGAGCUGCCUGGGGAAACUAUUGAUCAGCGCCAGGAGUUGGAUACAGUGCGCAGAUACUACGAAGCUGCAAGGGAAGAGACCAUGAGAUUGCAACAGGAACUGUCCAGAAGAUCAUCUGAGUGCCUUGCGCUAGCCUCCGAGAGAGAUCGUUCUAAAGCAGAGUCUGAUCAGCAGAUAAGACAGCUGGAAGAAGCCCUCCGCGAUGUGCAGAAAAGAAUGCUAGACUCUGAAAGUAAAGUAAAGCAAAUGCAAUCACAUUUCCUGGCAUUAAAAGACCACCUGACACAAGAAGCUCUAAGUGGAAGUGCCCGAGCGGAGGACUUGAAUGAGCAACUGAGAGACAUAAAAAGCAAGUAUGAAGGAGCAUCUGCUGAGGUGGGAAAACUGCGAAAUCAACUUCGUCAUAAUGAGCUUCUGGUACAGGAACUACGCAGGGAGGAUUCACGCUUGCGUAAGGAAAAUCGGAGGUUUCAAGAUGAGCUGGCGGUGUGUGAAGAAGAUAGAGAGAGAGCAGAACGUAGAGCAAAGGAAGCCAUGGAGCAAGUCGGUCUUUCAGUCACUGCAGAGAAAUUUGAAAAUAUGAGAUGCCUUUUGACCAACGAGGUAAAUGAGAAAUCUCGAAGUUUAACAGAGGCUGAACGCGAGCUGACACUGAUACGAGAGAAGCUGGAUAGUAGCCAAAGUGAAAAGAAAAGAUCAGACAGUAAGUGGGAGCUGAUGAUAAAGGAGCUAGAGGAGGUUAAAAUUAGGAAUAUCAGCCUGGCCCGGGAAGCAGAGAAGUUACGGACUGAGAAAGUUCUCCUGCAGAGGCAAGUUGAGGAUCUGAUGGGACAAAUGAGAAACCAACAUGUACCUGCACAGCUUCAUGCAGAGACAAAAAGAGCUUGUGAGGAAACCAUAGCUCGACUGAGCCAGAGUCUAUCUGAUUCUGAACAGAGUCUGCGAAAGGCUGAGCUGGAACAAAAACAGUUGCAGGAAGAAAAAAAGACACUACGAGAAGAUAUAAUGCGACUGCAGGCAUCUAGCAUCCCUCGGGAGGAGCAUGAUAAGAUGCUGCAGGACAUGCAGUCAAAAAUUACAAAACUGGAAAUGCUGCUUACUGAGGCACUCAGGAAAUGUGAGGAGAUAGAAAGUAAAGCCCGCACAUUCCAGUCUGAGAACACCAGCAUGAAGGAAAGCCAUGUGCCAUUGACAACUCAUCAUCAGACCACCACCCAACUAACCACUGAGCUCGAGAAAUGUAAAGCAGAAUUGGCCACAUUUAAGAAGCAAAUUGAGAGUGGGACUGAAGAGCUAGCAGCUCUACGUGCACAGCUGGAAAAAGAGACUACUAAAAGGACAGCACUUCAAGCACAGUUAGAAAGUGAGACUGUGGCACAGGCCGGGUUGAAGUCAAAACUGGAAUGUUCAGCAGCAAAGCAGGCAAAAUUGCAGGAACUUGUGGAUCGUAAAGCUGUAGAAUGGACAAGAUUGCAGACUCUGCUGGAGAAAGAGAUUACCCAGAAGACAGAUCUGCAGUCAUUAUUAAACAACCUGAAGGUGGAAGUGGACACAGAGUACGUUAAACGGAAGGAUCACGAAGCAGUGGUGUCAGGGUUACAGAAACAGGUGGAACAGAAGCAGCAAGAAUGGACCCAGACAAACGCAAAGUACCAUAAAGCACAAGAUGAGGUGCAGAAACUGCAGGCGGCUAUUCAAGAACAGAGAGAAGAGCUGGACACACUUCAUCAGUGCAUCACUGAGAAAUAUGCACCGUUAACCAGCAUGGAGGAGAAGGAGCGUAACUUUCAGACCACGAGAAUGGAGCUUGAAUUAGAGUUGCAGGAACAGUGCCAAAUUAGCAGUGAAACAAAAAUUAAGCUUGAUGAGCAGCAACAAGAGAUGCAGAAGAUGCAGAAAAAGUUGCACAGUGCAGAGUGUGCCUUAAACGAAGAGCGUGCCUCAUGGAAUCAGGAAAGGAAUGCAAUGCUAAGACAGCUAGAAAAUCUGCAAAGCCAUUUACAGGAGGCACAGAAGUCCCUUGCAGAGGCUAAGGAGAAAGAGAGAGUACUGCAAGACGAAUGUCAACAGGCUGCUAAUAGGCUAAAGACAUUGCAAGAAACCGUGAACAGUCAGUAUGUUCCUAUAGUACAGCAUCAGGAGCUUAAAGACCUGCUCAGUAACACCAAGGCAUCCUUUGAGGUUGAACUGAGAACCCAAGUUAACUUGUAUGAGAAUGUACAGGCUCAGGUUAAAAGGUUAGAGAAAGAACUGGAAAUGAUAAAAGGAAGCUCUAUCACAGUGUCUCUGCAUGCUCAGGAGAAGGCAACAUGGGAGAAAAAUAUGGUUGCAACACAACAGAAACUGCAGGAAAAGGAGGAAGCUGCAUUUGUGAUGGAACAGGAAGUUAAGAGGCUUAGGGAAGAAGUGCAGCAAGCCAAACAUAGUCUGCGGGAGUUACAAAUCUGCAAGGACAGGGAGAAUUCUGACCAUCAAACGUUAAAAUUAGGUUUAGAACAGGUAAUUGCUCAGCUUGAGGAAUCUUGCAGAAUGCAUGGAGAGGAAUCCAGGAGGAUGGCCAAAGAACUGCAUGCAGCACAGGAACAUAGUGAAAGGCUGCGGAAGAAACACGGUGACAUAGAACAUGAUAUUGCUCAGCUGAAGUUGAAGUAUGACCAGUCAAUGAACACUGUAAAAGAACUGAAGGAACGCAUACAAUUGUCAUCCAGAGACAUGGAGGGCAAAGACAAAGAGGUAAAUUGAAUGGCUGGCUGCAGGCGCUAACCUGUCCUCACUUGUAUUGCUGUACUUUCCUGUGCCUCUGGAAUUUUGUACUUGCGCUUUCCCAUUGUGAUUCUGCCUCUCCCUUUUGCCCUGUCUCAGUUUUCUUCUAUAUCCAUACUUCAGUAUCUCUGUCCAUGCAUCUAACCUGUGUCCUCUCUGCAUCUUUAAGAUAUGCACUCUCCACAAUGAUGUAGAGAAACUGAAACUGUCCUUGUGCCAGUUCACUGGUGGUCCUGGGAAGAACCAGUCUGUGGAGGCCUUGCAGACCCAGAUCAGAGCCCUACAGUGCCAACUGGAUGUAAGUACUGUUGUCCCUCUGUGUGCUACUCCUAUACUGCCAAUUUGUGGAGAGCAGUAAUUGUUACUUCUCUAACACAUGUCUAUCACAAACCUCUGCUCUGCUUUCUACAUAUCACUUACUGCUACUUUACUCUCCAAAAAGUAUACUACACUUAUCCUGCUCUGGUGUUUUUGCUCAGUAUAGUAAAUCUUGUUACAAUCCAUUUUCACAGUAAUAUAAUUUGCAUUGGUCAGUUUUGGUUGUGUAAUGCCUUUCUGGAUCAUUGCAGGAGUCUCAACGGCGACAUCAAGAAAUUAUCUCCAUCUACCGUGCACAUUUGCUGAAUGCUGUCCAGGUACUAGACCGUAGUCCUUAAUCUGCAUUCAUUUCCAGAGUUUACACGUUGAUGCUGUAGUAUUUAUAUUUUGGUAACACCAUUUUGUGUUGUUUACAGGGUCACAUGGAUGCUGAUGUACAAGAUGCCUUAUUACAGAUCAUACACAUGCGACAAGAGCUUGUCUGCUAAUUUCUUAACUGCCAUGUCUGUCAAGUGAGCAGAAAAAUGUGUAACGCAACAAAAUGGAACUUAAGACUCGUACUCCGUAUAUAUACAAACUUUAACCUACCGUACAGUCUACUAUCGUCCGGAAACCAUGACUCAUAAACCGUUAAUACAGACAGGAUACACUGUGUUUAAGAAAGAGCAACAUGCAAAGAAACAAGUAAAAGUGUUGAGAGUGAUAUAAGUGAACAGGCAAAUAAUCUGUUGAGGAGAUGUGCAUGUGGGAUGGAUAAAGGGUCAUGAUAUGAGAGCCUGAAGAGGGGGAGAAUGUAGAGGGAGAAGAACUUGGGAUAUGGUAUGAAGAUAGUCCAUGUUGUAGAUGUAGAAUGCGUGGGUGUGAACAAAAGGUGUAUUGCCAGAAGGCUUUACUGAAGGAGCUGGUAUGUGAGAUGGGAAGGGGGAUGUGAAGAGGUGGCUUUUAAGAAGACUGUGAAGUUACAAGGCAUCAGGAAUGAUGUGUAGAGGAAGUACAGAAAGCGGUCAUGCAGGUGGAGAGGAAACGAAAGCUUGGAGGGAGUGGAGGAACAUGCGAGGCAACAGAGAAUUGACUUGGGAAGAAUGUAGUAUAAUAAGCCGGUUAUGUGGAGCAGAGGAAGAAGAGUUGGAAAAGAUAAGUGAAUUAUUGGUUAGAAUGUGAUGUGAUGUGUGAUAAUGAGAAACUGAAUGAAUGGGAAAGAAGAAAAUAAGUUUGGAAUAGGCCCAGUUGGUAUGCAGCUCAUGGUCAGACUCACUCAGAACAUCUGUUAUAAGGAUCUAAUCUGACUGCCGCGUGAACAGUGACUGGUUGAGUGACAUUGAUAUUCUUUUUAAUUUGGAAAAAUAGUUCAAUGUAAAUCUGUAUUAUUAUUAUUAUUAUUAUUAUUAUUUUUUGGCCUAUUCGCAGGCUGGAUAUGUGAUGUGAACAGUUACUAUUUGGAUUUCCGGAUUAAAUAAAAACAUUUCUUAGUAGAUAGGUGGGAGAAUCAGGGCAAUUUACUGAGAGAAUAGUGUCUGAAGAAAUUGCUUGGUGAACCAGUGACUUUAUUAUUUAAUAUUCCAGAAUUUUACUAGUAGUUAGCUAUUGGCCAUUGAGCUGUGGGGUUGGGACCGCUAAGACACAAAUUAACCUGUAAAAAGCAAGAGGUUGGAUAAUGAUAGAGCUGGGAAGAGAUUGGGAUAGAGUGAAAUAAUUAGAACAGAGAUGUAAAUGCAGGAAGAAUUCCAUGCGACUUUGUUGUCACAAAGCGUAGUGACAGUGUUACAGGUUAGUGUCUCGUUAAUUAAAAUUAGUCCUUUUGUUUCUACAUGGACUUGGCUGGCCAGGUUCAAAAGUUUUUACUUUUUGGUUCAAGUAACCAUUUACACAUUCAGAUAGCAGUUUACAGUCACAGUAAUUAGAGAUAGAGAUCUAUAUUUAUAUAAGUAUAUAUAUUUUGUAUGGAUAUUUUGGAUCGCUUAUACUACCAUGGGAAGGUCAGCAGGUCUGACGCGUUCCAUGGAAACUAACAAAGCAGCAUGUACUCUUCGAGGUGCUGGGAUGAUAUGCUAUCCCGGUAACCUUUUAUCCCAGUGCUAUGGUAUCUGCCUUCUAGUCCCAGUGAUAUUCGCUAGUUCCUCUAUUGGAAUAUCUGUAAAUGAUAGCAGUUGAGGGAGUUAGGCAUUGUUUGAGCAUAAGGCUAUAUUAUAUAUAGAUUGCCUAGCCUUGAUUACACUGUCUUUGAGCUAAUAUGCAAUAGAGGGUUGUGUACCCAGCCCAUUUACUGAACUGGAUUUAUGUAAACUGCAAUAAAGAUUUACUUUACUCAGGUUGUCUGUCUUGUCACGUAAUUGGUUGAAGCUUUCAUUUCAAGUAUAUAUUUUUUUAAGGGGGUGUUUAAUACUGACCAUGGUUUGAUUUGUUUUUUAUUUGACAUUGCUAUGGUAAUUGUCCCACUCACUUACGACAUCCCAAAUUCAAUCAUGGCUGAUUUUACAGUACAAGCUGCACUAGGAGAAAAGAUCAGAUGCUUUGUAUUUUUUGAGUACAUGAAAAUCAUUUAAAAAUAAAAAUAUUUAUAUCACACUAUAUCACAUUGCCCCUGCUAACAUACACAACUCAGCAAGAGGAAUCCUGAG